CUUUCACCUGCACCCAGCCCUAGCUGUAUGCAAAGGGUGGAGAGUGACAGAGCCUUGAAACUGGUCCAACCAGUAGUAAGCACCGGCUAAUUACAGGUAUGAGGUGUCGCCUUCCAGUCUGUUUAGCAGAUCACACCAGGAAGAUGGAGAGAGUCUAACACCGGACUCUGGCAAUCCAUAGGAGGAGGGACUGCAUAAAUGAAUCAGCAAGGGGCACACUAGCCUGGGGGUGCCAGCUUCAUGGUGCCACUUGUGAAGGUAAGUACCCUUUAUGUUCUGUGUGAUACUGUGUGUCCAUGGAACAAUGAGUGCGUAUUGCUAUGAUUCUAGAAGUGACUUGUUCUGUUUUUGGAAUGCUGUGCACUAGCAGUCCGUGCUGCAUGAAGCAGUCUGGUGCUAUCAUGUAUUAAUAUUCAUUGGAUAGUGCUCUGCAUUUGAGAUGGUCGCUGCUUGUGUAGCAUUGCCCCCUCCUCCCCCCAAUGGGUCGUCGUAUGUACUGUCACUUGCAGAAGGAAGUAGUGACAACGCUAUAAAUAUUAUUAAUAUUUUAUGAAUAGCCGCCUAUUAUGCUAUUCAAGUCUGAUGCACCACCCCUGCUGGGACUUCCGCAAACGUAAAAUGGACAGAAAGCAAAGGUGCAACAAGCAGGGACAGAGCUGUCACUGAGAGUCACUAGAUCACUGGGGGAAUGGAUGCCAGAUAUGGCUGAGAGAAGGGGGCAUAGCCGGGAGACACAGACGAUAUUAUAAAGGGCACUGGGCUAUGACUUGCCAGCAUGAUUGUUUGUAUACCGUGGUACAUUGUUAUGAGGGAACACAAUACACUAUCAACAGUUGGCUGUCUGUGCUCUCCAUGGAUUUCCCUGAACUUAAAUAUACAAUAACUGAAUUCCAAACACAAUUUACACUCAAUGUACUGACAUUUUCAGGAAGCUUUGUAUGCAAUGCCCAUUGUAAAAAAUAAGUUUUUGAUCUUUUAUGAUGUUUUUAUGAUGAUUUUAAACAUUGACUGGUAUGGCAGGGUAAAUAGUAAAAAUAAAAUUAAAAGGAAAAAUAAACCACUGUUGACUGGGAGAUCAAAUUGGAUAUUUUGAGAAAAUUUAAGUUCUCUUUGUAGUUAAUCUGCCAUGUUUGCCUUUACUUACUGUUUACUGCUACACACAGGGUUAUUCACUAAAUAGUGAAAUGGUUGGAAUUCAGAGCGAAUUUCUUAUUUUUAAACAAAGUUGGAAAUAUUUUAGUAAGUUAUGUUUUCAGCUUGUCUGUUUUGGCAUGAAACAAAAAAAUAAAGCACUUUCAAUUCACACUUCACAGAGUUAUUCACUAAACUCUGAAAUAUAGCAAACUGAAAUCCAGGCAGUUGCUAUAGUUGAUUUUUUUUUCCAUCUGAAUUGUUACCUACAUUUGCCAUUCAGAAUAAAUACAAUGCUUAAGUUAUUCUCAGUUGUGAUUCAUAUGGCUUUAUUUCCUGAGACAUACUGCUAAAGCAAUUAUUUACAGCUUUUUAUAGUAGCCAAUCAUUGGCUUCAAUUAUUCAUAACGUUGAAACUAUUUACCUUAAUCAUAGUCUUUCAUGUAAUUUUUACACAUAUCUACAAGUAUUGUUGUUGUGUGAUUAAUUGGUUUGCAAAUGUACAACUGGAGGACUCCUCACUGAAAGGGUUCAUGCAUCUGGGUCUUUGCCCAACUGAGAACAAGAUGCCCUGCGGUUUUAGUGGUCCAUAUACUACUAUGGACUGGACAGUUGUGGACUAGGGGUGGUAGUGCAAGUAGGCCCAAGGUGAGUUCUUUUUGUAAAAAAAAAUUGUAAAAAUUUGGCCCCUUGGGUGUUUUUCAACUGCAUUUCUUGUGGUGCUAAACCAGGUUUACAGCUAGCUUUUGAGCAUGAUGGUAAAUGCAGGUGGCAAACAUUUGGGUUCCAAGGAUACCACUGAGUACCACUACCUUAAGACUUUUCCAAAAAUAAAGGAGUAGCCCACUGCUAUGGAUGAACCCAUUAUCUCCCACUAACUGUUCAAGGCUCUGUAGUAAGUUGCUCCUGCUAUGUCCCAAAUGAGUGACACAGUAAACAUUUUGAGCUCCCAGAGAAGAGUAACAUCAGGGUAAAUAAGAAGCAUGUGAAGAUUUGGGUCCCAAAUCUUGUGCCAUCCAAAGUAGGGACACUUGGGGGUAUACAGAGUAUUGUCAGUGCCAUUUUACAGCACAUAAAACAUACACAACAUGGUAUUUUGGUGUUAAAGAUGUGCUUCCUAUCUUGGGGACAUAAUUCUUGGAUUUACCACUCUAUUUUCAGUCAUUUACUCUCCACAAGGGCUUCUUUGUUUUUGAGAGGAGGUCUGUUAGGCAACAGGGAAACAGACUGUUUUUGAAUUCAAUUUUAUCAGCAGAGUUGGUAACGAAGGGAAUUAAUUAAUUAGUCAUUUGGAUGAAAUAAUGUCUUCAGCAUUCCAGUGGAACAGUUUUUUUUAUGUGUUGGAUGUUGUUAGAUAAUUGUCUGAAGGCCAAGCAGAAUCGCACUCCAGGCUAAAACAUUCUGGGAUAAUAAAAGAUGCUCACCAAUCUAUUUUUUUAUUUGUGCCAUAUAUUUCAUCAUCAGUACCCUGCUCCCUCCUAUCAAAAAUGUUUACAUACUGUAUUUAUAUAUAAACCCACAUUGUAAAUAUAUGCAGGGUUAAAGAUAGUGCUAUGGUAAAGGAGUUUAAGGUAAGAUUAAAGGGAGGUUUAACCAUAACCAAGUGAAAAACUGGCGCGUUUAUUUAAUCAGAAUGAAUAAUACUAAUUACCGAUAUGUGAUCAUAUUUAUCUGACACAACGAAAGGAGUAAGCUCCAAAUUAGGAAAAGAAAGAAAAAUAAUAAUAGUCUGUAUCGUUUAAAAAUGUACUCACGAUUAAAAGUGCAAAAAUGAGUACAACAAUGCUUAUAUAAAGUGCAAGGUAUAUAUCCACUAAACUGCGAUUACCAUUUAUAAAUUUACCAAAUGAUUACCAAAUUUAAAAAAUGUGUAUAUCAACUAAUUAGUGAUGAUCAAUAUAUUUGACUCAAAAUUACAAGGAAAUGAAUCUUCUAUCUUCUGUCUGUACUCCCACCUCUGAUGCUCGCCUUCCUGUGGAACUCGCUUCCCUCCUCCGUUAGAUGCUCACCCAGUCUCCACUUCUUCAAAAAAUCGUUAAAAACCCACUUCUUCAUAAAAGCGUAUCAAUUAAACUGUUAAUAGCUCCUGACUGAUUCCUCUUCUGCAACUGUCACUAGUCUAAUACUAUCCUUACCUUUUUGUGUCAUUUUACCCCACUCCCUCUAGCAUGUAAGCUCAUUGAGCAGGGCCCUCAACCCCUCUAUUUCUGUGUGUCCAACUUGUCUGGUUACAACUACAUGUCUGUUCGUCCACCCAUUGUAAAGCACUGCGGAAUUUGACGGCGCUCUAUAAAUAUCAUCAUAAUAAUAAUAAUAAUUGAACAGUUCAGCAAUAGUUAUCUAAAGUGCAAGGCAUAUAUCCGCUAAGUAGGGGAAAAAAAAUUAUACAAGGUUUUAAUGACAUAACAACUCUGUGCAAAAAUCACCCUUUAACGCGUUAUGUAUAUUUGUGCAUACAUUUUUCCAAACACACAAAUGGUGAGAAAAAAUAUAUACAUUUCUAGUAUUAUCAGUUGAAAUUUUAAGGCCAUAGCUGAUUUGAAUGUUUCAAUUUCAACUACCUUUAUCUUAAAUUUGAAAUUUACCUAGAAUUAACUUUGAAUUCUCACUUGAGUGAAUAACUUAGUCUGCUUUUCAACUCUAUAAAUCCUUGACAUAUACAUGCUAUGUUGUUGGCAAAGCCCAGCCAAGAACUGAUUCACAGGUGAAGGAAUCACCAUUUAUUUAGAUACUUAAAAAAUGUACGGUAUGCAUCUUUUUGAUGAAUGUGGGGCUAAUGAUUGGCUUACAUUGUCAGCUGACCACUGUAGCCAAUCAGCAGUAGCUGCUUGGGAAAGCAUUGAAUUGACUGACAUCAUCAAGAUUGAUGGUGACACAGCCAGCCCCUGCAAGACCUGUGAGAUGAGGGGAAAAAGUGAGUGAAAUCAGAGAGAGGGGGGCUGGGGACCUAAUUGUGAAUUCCAGCACUUUAGGGUAUGGAAUACAUGCUUGUUUUGUUUAUUCACAAUAUAAGAGUGUUCCAAUAUGUCAGGUAUAUAGGGGUAAAAAAUUACAUUGUUUGAUAGAUUUGGUACGUAUAAAGUUUAUUUGCAAUGUUUUGGUACCAUUUACGAUAGGACAUUUAUAUCUAAAUCAACAGCAAACUACCUGCCUGAUCUAUGUACCUUCAACCUGUUGAAACUAUGCAAAUGAUAAUGCUAUUGCUUUUUAAAAAUGAGAUUAGUAUAAUCACUGAACUUUUGUAAGAUCUCAAAGAUAAUACAACCAGUUCUGGCAGAUAAAUGAUGUUAUAAUAGUGUUUCAUAUCCUAAGGGAUCCCGUUUUGAACUUACUUACGAUUAUGAAGUAAUUAGCGUAAUUUAAAAUUGCCCAAAGUUAAACAUGGAUUGCCAAGGUGCUCCCUAUGUUUCCUCUAAGUCUUUGAGAAGGAUUUGUAGGUAGUUGCCCUUCAAAAUACUGUAUAUUGCAAUUAAUUAUCUGCAUGAUUUUCAGGGUUAAAGGAAUACUCUAAGCACCUUAGAGCAGGGGCUUACCUAGAGCAUUUGGCACCCGGGGCGGAUCCUGUGCUUGGCACACCCCACCCCACCCCCCCCCCCAAAAAAAAAACCUGUAAAAAAUGUUAAAGGUUUUCUUUAAUUAAUCCACACUCCUUAGCCCCUUAAGGACACAACUUCUGGAAUAAAAGGGAAUCAUGACGGAAUAUUUCCGUCAUGUGUCCUUAAGGGGUUAAUUAAACCAUACCCCUUAAUUAAUCCAUACCCCUUAAUUAAUCCACGCUAAUUCAUCCACCCCCCUUAAUUGAUACACGCCCUUAAUUAAUCCACACUUAUUAAUCCACCCCCUUAAUUAAUCCACUCCCCCAUAAUUAAUCCACUCCCCCAUAAUUAAUCCACACUAAUUAAUCCACCCCCUUAAUUAAUACACCCCCAUAAUUAAUACACCCCCCAUAAUUAAUCCACUCCGCCUUAAUUAAUCCACCCCCCCAUAAUUAAUCCACCUUUGCUGUAGCGUGGCCGAGCCCUGUAUAGUCGGCGGGUACAGGGAGCAUUUGUUUCCUGUACCCGGCCGGACUAACAGGAAGUGCACACACUGUGUUCACUUCAUGUUAGUCCGGCCGGGUACAGGAGACAGAUGCUCCUUGUACCCGCCGACUAUACAGGGCUCGGCCACGCUACUACAGAGGGAGUGACAGGAGGGAGCGCUUCCCUCCUGUCAGCCUCUCCUCAGGCUGCGCCCGGGUGGUGCGGUCCGCCCUCAUGGACGCACCGCCCGGGCAAAGCUGCAGCCGCCUGAGGCUCUCUAUAGAGCGCUCGGGCGGCUGCAGCAUGGGGGGGAGGGCGGCGGGACUGGUCAUGGCACCCCCCACCCUGGGCACUUUGUGGCGUUUCUCACCCCCCUUUCUCUUUCUCACCCCCCCUUUCUCUUUCUCACCCCCCCCUUUCUCUUUUCUCACCCCCCCUCCUUUCUCUUUCUCACCCCUCCUUUCUCUCACCCCUCCUUUCUCUCUCACCCCCCCCUCUUUCUCUCUCACCCCCCUUUCUCUUUCCUCACCCCCCCUCCUUUCUCUUUCUCACCCCCCUCCUUUCUCUUUCUGCCCCCCCCUCCUUUCUCUUUCUCACCCCCCUCCUUUCUCUUUCUCACUUACCCUCCUUUCUCUUUUUCUCACCCCUCUUUCUCACCCCUUUCUCUCUCACCCCCCUCAGCUUUCCUCUCCCCCUUUCUCACCCCCUUUCUCUUUCUCACCCCCUCCUUUCUCUUUCUCACCCCCCACUUUCUCUUUCUCACCCCCCUUUCUCUUUCUCACCCCCCCCUCCUUUCUCUCCCCCUUUUACCACUCCCUCCUUUCUCUCUCCACCCCCUCAUUUUCUCUUUCUCACCCCCCUCCUCUCUCCACCCCCUUCUCCUCUUUCUCAUCCCCCUCCCCCCUACCUUUGCUGUAGCGUGGCCGAGCCCUGUAUAGUCGGCGGGUGUUCACUUCCUGUUAGUCCGGCCGGGUACAGGAGACAGAUGCUCCUUGUACCCGCCGACUAUACAGGGCUCGGCCACGCUACUACAGAGGGAGUGACAGGAGGGAGCGCUUCCCUCCUGUCAGCCUCUCCUCAGGCUGCGCCCGGGCGGUGCGGUCCGCCCUCAUGGACGCACCGCCCGGGCAAAGCUGCAGCCGCCUGAGGCUCUCUAUAGAACGCUCGGGCGGCUGCAGCAUGGGGGGGCCGCCCCCUCCGCCCCCCCCUUAGUACGCCACUGCCUUAGAGUACCAGUGCAGCCCUCUGUAGUGUUUGUGGUCCCUGUUGUUGUCCAAGAUAAUACGUCAAGAUAGCUUUAGUAAAUUUUGACAACCUGGCACUCAUGGCGCCUAUGCAUUUAGUCUUCUCCAGCACUGUGAAAAGAAGUAGGGCCAUGCAGUGGCGUACUAAGGGGGGGGCGGAGGAGGCGGUCCGCCACCGGGUGCCACCAGGGUGGGGGGUGCCAUGACCAGCCCCACCGCCCCCCCCCUCCCCCCAUGCUGCAGCCGCCCAAGCGCUCUAUAGAGAGCCUCAGGCGGCUGCAGCUUUGCCCGGGCGGUGCGUCCAUGAGGAGAAAGGGGGGGUGAGAGAGGGGAGUGAGAAAAGAAGAAAUGAGGGUGAGAAGGGGGUGAAAAGAUGAAAGAAGGGGGUGAAAAAGAAGUGAAAGGAAAGGGGUAUCUAAUCCCUUAAGGGGGUGUAUUAUGAGAGGGUGCCAUAUUAUUAUGGGGGUGUAGUAUUAAUUAUGGGGGUGUAUUAAUUAUGGGGAGUAUUAAUUAUAGGGGUGGUGUAUUAAUUAUUGGGGGUGUAUUAAUUAUAGGGGUGGAUUAAUUAAGGCGGAGUGGAUUAAUUAUAGGGGUGGAUUAAUUAUGGGGUGGAUUAAUUAAGGUGGGUGGAUUAAUUGGGGGUGGAUUAAUUAUGGGGGUGUAUUAAUUAAGUGGGGUGUAUUAAUUAAUUAAUGGGGGUGGAUUAAUUAGAUGGAUUAAUUAUGGGGGAGUGGAUUAAUUAAGGGGGUGGAUUAAUUAGUGUGGAUUAAUUAAGGGUGUGUGUAUCAAUUAAGGGGGUGGAUUAAUUAAGGGUGUGUGGAUGAAUUAGUGUGGAUUAAUUAAGGGGUAUGGAUUAAUUAAGGGGUAUGGUUUAAUUAAGGAGUGUGGAUUAAUUAAAGAAAACCUUUAACAUUUUUUACAGGUUUUUUUUUUUUUUUUUGGGUGGGGGGGGGGGUGGGACGCACAGGAUCCGCCCCGGGUGCCAAAUGCUCUAGGUACGCCCCUGGGGCCAUGCAGGACUGUGGCUUCUGCAUAGGAGGAAUAGAAAGCAAAGUGGCUGCAUGCACCUAGCAGGACCCAGGUAAGUUGUGCUUGGAGAAAUAAUAUCCCCUCCUACCCACAUUACGGGAACACGACAGUGAUAGAAAGACAAAUGUGUAUUCAAGUCACUAUAGCGUUAAAUAAGGUAAUAAGCUUACCUUUUUUUCAGCGACGCAUGGGUCGGCUGGCUUUGUUCCCAUGGAUUUGAUCUUUAAAAUUGACUAUCUCAGCCAAUCCAGUGCUUUCCCAUAGGAAAGCAAUUAGGAGGAUAUUGGGACAAAUCAGCAUCGCAUAGAGGCAUUGUUUACAUUAAAAUACCUGAAGGAACUGAAAUACAAAGGGAUCUGUGCUGAAAGUGCGCUUUAAGAUAUAAGUAUAAUGUACAAAUAUAGCAGCUACCACACCAUGUGAGUAUCACCUUGACGUCACACACAAAUAUAAAGUGUACAAAAGAUAAACUAAGUGGUUUUUAACAUUACCACGAGUGCUUAUAGUGGAGCACUAAAAAAAAUAAGCACUUACCCUUAUCCAAUAAGGGGUUUGUAGUGCAGCAAAUUACUAGACAUAAAUAAACAAUAUAUAGUGUAGUAUUUUAGUUAAAACCCAGUGUGUAAAAGAAAUAGAUUACACAUUCACAUGGGAUAGAGCCAGAUAGGGACAGAGCCAAAUCGCAUAAGCAUAUGUUUUCUCUGGGGACACUGAUCCUCUUUUUUUCUUUUCAGUAGUGCUCAGAAAGGAGUCAAAAGCAAUGGAAGCAACAGCUUCUAGUGAAGAACUGUGUGGCAGGGUGUAAUUUCUAAGUGCAAAGUAUACACCCUGCUCACCUUGUUCAGAGGCCUUAUAUCCUGGCUCUGGAUGUUACAGCAAGCGUAUCUUUAUUGGGAGACACUUCCCAUCUUUUGGUAGUGGAAGCAGAUAUGGAGUUGGAAUACACCAGGCCUUAGUGCAAAUAGCAAUUAACAUUUAUUAAAACUAUUAAAAUCACAAAAAUAAAAUAUUCACAGAACCCUUCGGUGCUCCAAACUGUCCAAAAUGCGUUUCACCAUGUCCUGUGGCUUUCUCAAUCGGUAUCUGAUGGCUUCCUUGUUAGCUAUUUAAAUCUUCCAUGUCCGUUCUGAUCGGUUAACUUACUCGUAACCCAAACAACCGCGCGCGUCCAUUCGCAAAGGUGUGUCCUCUCCAUUUGUAAUUAAUUCUCAUCUUGAUGGAGAGAUGAUGUGGCUCGCAUUCCUCCUGCGCUAGUUCCUUUGAGUCCAGGACCUCCAUCUUACCGGUAAGAUGGAGGUCCUGGACUCAAAGGUAACAGCUUCGUGAUCCAAAGAGAGAUACGACUGCCAUUCUAAAAUUGGAAAGAGCCUCAAACUGGGUUUUGAUGCCCUCUUUUGGAUCAACAGCAACAACAAAUGUGAAAAAGGCUGAACUUGAUGAUGCAACACUUUUUUCAGUUUACAUAACUAUGUAAGUCUAUGUAGUUGAUAUUUUGAACAAUUUUGAAUAGAAGUAGCAAAGGCUAUCACAGCAGGUGAAAGGUCCAACACAUCUGGCUUGAGCAGUAUGCUCUCAGUCGUCUUCUUUCAUCAUGCGUCAUUCUAAGGGUACGCACUUUAAUGCGUCAUUUUUGCGUGGUGGUAUUUCUGCUGAGCCAAAAUGAUGGAAGCCAAUGACACUACCAUUGCCUAUAUAAAGCAGCACCUUUCACUCCUAUGCACCUUUUCACAAGUCUAGUAGCCCAUAGGGUGACACUUGAAUUAUCUUGGUUCUGAUCUGGCUAGACUUUCACUAUUCCAAUUUCCUGAUUCCUCAACAUGGCUUUUCUAUCUAUUGUGUAUUAAGUCUAGUGCUCCGAUGUUGAUGUUGGUUUUGACAUUGCUCGCUUGUAUUAUUGCCCUAUCUUUGUUUCUUUUUCAUCUUUUCAAACUAGGUUCUAAUCCAUACUUCACAAGUUGAGGUGAUAUUCCAAACACACAGGAAAUCAAUAUAACAUUGCUCAAAAUGUGAAUCAGUUAUCUUCAGAACUCAUAAGCAAAAUCAGUGUGACAUAUUGUAAUGGGUAGACUAAUAUUUCUUAUCUUGAUAUUAUCUGUGUUUUUAUUAGUCUUAAACAAGGAAGUAUCACUGAUAAAUUGAAGUGGUUUUCAGUAAGAGGUUUCUUUUUAGAAAAGUACUGCUGAAGUUUCAUAAUAGAGAAGUAGUGUAAUUAGGUACUUCCCUUUAUUUUUAUUCAUUUUUUAUCUUUCCUGUGUUGUCAGUGGCAAACAACUUUUUGUGUGUUCAAAGUACAUCAUGAUCAUUCACAGCUGUUAAUAGCAUAUGAGGUCAUUUGAGAAUCAUGAAAAAGCCUUAUAGGACCACUCUAGGCACCCAGACCACUUCAGCUUAAUGAAGUGGUCUGGGUGCCAGGUCCCUCUAGGAUUAACCCUUUUGUUUAUAAACAUAGCAGUUUCAGAGAAACUGCUAUGUUUAUAAAUGGGUAAAUCCAGCCUCUAAAGCCUCUGGUGGCUGUCUCAUUGACAGCCGCUAGAGGCGUUUGCGUGCUUCUCACUGUGAAAAUCACAGUGAGAAGACGCCAGAGUCCAUAGGAAAGCAUUAUGAAUGCUUUCCUAUGAGACUGGCUGAAUGCGCGCGCAGCUACUGCCGUGUAUGCGCAUUCAGCCGAAGAGGAUUGGAGGCGGAGAGGAGGAGGAGAGCUCCCCACCCGGUGCUGGAAAAAAGGUAAGUUUAACCCCUUUCCUUGCCAUGCAGCCCGGCGGGAGUGGGACCCUGAGAGUGGGGGAACACUCAGGGCACUAUAGUGCCAGGAAAACGAGUAUGUUUUCCUGGCACUAUAUUUGUCCUUUAGGUGGCUAAAAUUGGAAAUAACUUUGAAUCUAUGUAUUUGUGUAACCUAUGUAAUGUAGAUAGGAAGAUGGAAAAAUAUGGGAAAGGCUGUUUUUGGAGCUGAAAUGUUGUUAGAACCUGCCCAACAAUCUGUCUUGGACCUCACACAAGUGCCCCGUCCAACUUUUUAGCCCUGUUGUUAGAGCCAACAUAUAUAUAAUCUAAUUUAGCUGUUCUAAAUUAAGUAUUAUCCUCUGUCCAAGGUGUGUUCUAGUAGUACCCGCGAUGUGCAAAGUUCCUUAUUACUUUAUUUUAUUUGUCAUAUUAGGGUUGUCAUGGAGACUAAUCCUAGCGUGAUUACGUGAACGCUCACGGGUCCAUUAAUAUUUAUGCCCGAUGCUGCUAGUAGGGAAUUAUAAAUGCACAUGCGCAAUACAUGGUCUGUCUUGACAGCUGAAGGCGUCGCUAUGGUUACAUUAAACAUAGCAUUAUCACCCAAACGCCCAUUUCUCAUACGUAGUUUACGCCCGGUAACGCGGGCGGAGCUAGGUACACACAUGCGCAGUACACGCACAAGGACGCCGGUUUAAUCCUUAAUAUUAUCUUAUAUAUUUUUGUUUUUCACACUAUGUAUGUUACUCUGAUCCUGAUGAAAGUCCCAUUCAGGGACUGAAGCGUUGAUCAUAUGGGAACUUUUUCUUCAUGUAAAUAAAGCAGUCGUUUUUUGAACGCAAACCCUGAGUGCAGACCCAAUCUAUUUUUGUAUGUUUUUCGUUGUCCUCUGGGACUGGCACCCGGUACUUUUUAUAUAUAUAUACUUGGUUCAGCCUGAGUGCAAGGACACACUCCCUCGCUCUCUUAUAUAUAUUAUGCCAUUCCCAUAUAUGGGUGUGGAAGUGUUUAAAAUAUUUUAAUUACUUACUUUGCUUCAGCUUUACUUAUUCUGUGUAUUUGUAUGUAUAGGUGGAUAUACAGUGGAUGUACUGUAUGAGGAUGAAUAUAUAUGAAUGGAUUUAUGGUUAACUGAACUGAGAAACCACUAUUCUCCUGCAUGAUAACAACUGGACCUUUGUGAAUAUAUUUUUUCAAUGUGGUGUUUUUUCAUAAUUCAUAAAUGGGUGUUCCGUACUCUUCGCAAACCCUUGCUAAUACAACAUACAGACUGCUUCUGUAUUUUAUACCUUCACAGUCACGUAUGGUACACAGAACUGUGAAAUACUGUGUUGAGAAAUUUAAAAGUUUGUUAUAUCUUUUUCUACCACUAUAUCUGUCAUAACUGUAAUGGAAUGCAUGGAAAAGUUCAAAUCUACUCUAAAAUUUAAAUUUUUUUGUAGCAUGCCUUGGUGUAAAAUGUGUUUUCAUGUUUAAAAUUAUAUUUAUGAAUUGCUUAUUUAAUAGUGAGUUGUGUUAAAUUAAUAAAGAAAAAGGGGAAAACACAUGUCAAGGUAAAAAUGAAUAAAGAAGUAUAUUAACAACCUGGAAGAAUUACUAUAGAUAAUUCCACUUAAAAUAUGAUGGAAUAAAGUUCUUCAGCAAGGAAUGCUCUUAGAAAAUGGCCACAAUAGUGAAGUAAAAUCAAAACAUAUAUGAAUUUAUUGUAUUGCACUUGCAAGCGCAAAAAAUAUAUAUGUUACCACCAAUGGGGGCACUCCAGCAGGACGCAGAUCUCAGAAGUGAAGACCAGGCCAGGGCCGGCAGAAAUAGUAUCAGUGACAGAAUCAAAUAUAAACAUUAAAAUGGUAAAAUAAAAGUCUGUUAAGUCCAACUUUGUCUUCACUAUUGUUGCCAUUUUCUCUUUUUGUUCCUUGCAGACGAUCUUUAUUCCAAUACCCUUGAAAGGGUGGCGAGCCUGAAACUAUCGUUUGUUUUUUGAGUGUUCAACCUUACUUUCACUAGGGUGUGUUUUUAUUUACUGUAUUACGCUAUGUAUUGUUUAUAAUUUUUAUAUGUCAUCAUCUGUGGAAUUCUCUACAGUAGUUCUUACAUGUUGUUAAUAUAUUUUUUUUAUUCAUCUUUACCUUUUGUGUUUUCCCCUUUUUCUUUAUUAUAUAUUUUGUUGGGUGUUUUUUGAGGUACAUCUGGGGUAGCACUUUUACCACUUUUUUAUGUAUUAUUUAUUUACAUAUUAGUAUUUAUUUUUUUGUAUAACAGUGAGAAAUUAAUAGCCUAGUUAUUAUGUAGAUUCAGCCCUCCUCCACUAACCUGUAUAAAAUAGAUAAAAAGGGAUUACUUACCUUUUUUCCCCAGCACCAAGAGUCUCGGUGCUGCUGCACGCUCCUCUUUCUCCUAUAGGUGUUGCUUCCACCAUGAUAAUCCUAUCUUGUGGACAAGAGGCACAUGCAUAACAAGCUCCGAGUGCAUCCAAUCACAUGCUUCUCAUAGGGAAGUAUUGAAUUCAACUUCACCUCGAGUGUCACAUGACAGAGUCAAAUUUGUUAUUGCAGAUGUGUGGAGUCACAAAGCAGGCAGGUUUAUUGAAAAACGACAUUUUAUUGAAUUAAAUCUGAAUGGCAAAGUUGAGGCUCAACUCAAGUAACCAAGCUGGCCUGCGAGUAUGAUUUUUUUUUUUCCUAAUAAGCUGUAGUUACAUACUGAAAAGAGACUUGCGUCCAUCAAGUUCAGCCUUCCUCACAUUUGUUUUUUUGCUGUUGAUCCAAAAGAAGGCAAAAAAAGCCAGUUUGAAGCACAAUUUUGCAACAAGCUAGGAAAAAAAUUCCUUCUUGACCCCAGAAUGGCAGUCAGAUUUAUUCUUGGAUCAAGCAGUUAUUACCAUACAUUGAAAGAUUAUAUCAUUGAAUAUUCUGUUUUUGCAAGUAUGCAUCUAGUAGCUGUUUGAACAUCUGAAUGGACUCUGAUAAAACCACUUCUUCAGGCAGAGAAUUCCACAUCCUGAUUGUUCUUACAGUAAAAAAAAAUUUCCUUUACCUUAGACGAAAUCUUCUUUCUUCCAGUCUAAACGCAUGGCCUUGUGUCCUAUGUAAAGUCCGGUUUGUGAAUAGAUUUCCACACAAUGGUUUGUAUUGGCCCAGAAUAUAUUUGUAUAAUGUUAUCAUAUCCCCUCUCAGGCAACGUUUUUCUAAACUAAAUAGGUUUAAAUUUGUUAACCUUUCUUCAUAGCUGAUAUGUUCCAUUCCUUUUAUUAAUUUUGUAGCCCGCCUCUGCACUUUUUCUAGUGCCAUAAUAUCCUUCUUUAGAACAGGUGCCCAAAAUUGCACAGCAUAUUCAAUAUGUGGUCUUACCAGUGAUUUAUAAAGAGGGUCCCGAGAAUGAAUGCCCUUUUUCAUGCAUGACAAUACCUUACUGGCCUUGGCCACUGCUGAUUGACAUUGUACAUUGUUGCAUAGUUUGUUGUCUAUAACAAUUCCCAAGUCCUUUUCGUGUGUUGUUAUCCCUAAUUCGCUUCCAUUAAGGGUAUACGUUGCUUGUGUAUUCUUUACGCCGAAGUGCAUAACUUUGCAUUUUUCAACAUUAAAUUUCAUCUGCCAUUUGAGUGCCCAGUCUAUCUAAAUCCCUCUGCAGCAAAGUAAUAUCUUGCUCACAUUGUAUUAUUUUACAAAGUUUUGUGUCAAAUGCAAACACUGAUACAUGACUUUCAAUGCUGUCUUCAAGAUCAUUUAUAAACAUGUUAAAUAGAAGGGUCCCAGAACAGACCCCUGAGGAACACCACUUGCCACCUCUGUCCAGCUUGAAAAUUUACCAUUAAUGAAAAUUCUUUGUACUCUGUUUUUAAGCCAAAAGAAAAAAACAUUCAAAACAUUUAAAUCAGAGAGGUCAAUUGGAUCCUAUAACAAACAUAAGCAUGCUUAUAGAGCUAGAAAAAAGGGAAAUUAGAUGAGCUAAACUUGAAAAUGAAAAUCUCAUAGCCAAAGAGACCAAGACCAACCCUAAAAACGUUUUUGUAAAUAUGUUAAUUGGAAGGUGAGAUGGGUAAGUUGAUCAAGAAGGAUCAGGGCAAGACAGAAAUUCUAAAUUAUUGUUUUUCUUCAGUAUUUAGGGAAGAAGAAUCUGUGGCUGUAGAUAUGCAAAUCCCUGUUACAAAAGCCUUACAGCAAACAGGUUAUUGGUUAAUACAGGAUAAAGUGCUUCAGAAAUUAACCAAAAUUAAUGUUUACAAAGCCCGGGGCAAGAUGGUAUUCAUCCACGCACAUGCUUAGUGAGCUUAGUGUUGAAAUAUCCAUACCACUGUUUUUAAUUUUUAAGGAUUCUUUUCUUUAAGGAAUUAAGAGGAUUGGAGAAAAGCAGAUGUGGUGCCUAUAUUUAAAAAUGUUUCCAAAGCUCAACAAGGACACUUCAGACCGGUGAGCUUAACAUCUGUGCUCGAGAAAAUAUUUGAAGGGCUGCUAAGGGAUAAUAUUCAAGAAUUAAUUUUGAACAAAAAUAUCAUGAGUAGGAAUCAACAUGGUUUUAUGAAAGACCAGUCAUGCCAAACUAACUUAAAUGCAUUAUAUGAAGAAGUAAAAAACUUCUCACACAAAAGGUUACUAGUAAAUAUGGAAUCUGUUGGUUUAAAUUGUGUUCUUGUUUAGACCACUGACUUAAAGAUAGAGUGCAGAGAGUAGUUGUAAAUAAAACAUUUACAAAUUAGUCAAAAGUGGUACCGUAUAUACUCGAGUAUAAGCCGACCUGAAUAUAAGCUGAGGCCCCUAAUUUUACCACAAAAAACUUGGAAAACUUAUUAACUCAAGUAUAAGUCUAGGGUGGGAAAUGCAGCAGCUAACGGUAAAUUUCUAAAUAUAAUUAGAUCCCCCCAAAAAUUACAUUAAUUUAAUAUUUAUUUACAGUGUGUGUGUAUAUAAUGAAUGCAGUGUGUGUGUUUGUGUAGUGUGUGUAUAUAAUGAAUGCAGAGUGUGUGUGUGUUUGUGUAGUGUGUGUAUAUAAUGAAUGCGGAGUGUGUGUGUGUUUGUGUGAAUUGCAGUGUGUGUGUGUAUAUAAUGAAUGCAGUAUGUGUGUAUAUGCUGCGGUGUGUGUGUGUUUGUGUGAAUGCAGUGAGUGUGUAUAUAAUGCAGAGUGUGUGUUUAUAUGAAUGCAGUGUGUGUGUGUAUAUGAUGCAGUGUGUGUGUAUAUAAUGCAGAGUGUGUUUGUAUGAAUGCAGAGUGUGUGUAUAUGAUGCAGUGUGUGUUUGUGUGAAUGCAGUGUGUGUGUGUAUAUGAUGCAGUGUGUGUGUGUAUAUAAUGCAGAGUGUGUGUUUGUAUGAAUGCAAUGUAUGUGUAUAUAAUGAAUGCAGUGUGUGUGUAUAUGAUGCAGAGUGUGUGUUUGUAUGAAUGCAUUGUAUGUGUAUAUAAUGAAUGCAGUAUGUGUGUAUAUGAUGCAGAGUGUGUGUUUGUUUGAAUGCAGUGUGUGUAUAUAAUGCAGAGUGGGUGUUUGUGGCAUCACAACAACUUAACCGCAAUAAAUUUGUUAUGAUGGAAAGAGGUCUUGGUUGCCACCUUACCAUAAAUGAUUAACCAUUAUUGAAUAGUUCCACACCCAAAUUGGUGCAAGUGUUCAAUCAGGAAGCUUUGGACCGGGCAACCUAUCACGAGCUCCCCAUUCAGAAAAGUGAGUGAAAAGAAUACAUUUUUUUUUCACUCACUUUUCUGAAUGGGGUACCAAUGAUAGGCGUAGAGUGUUGAUAGUCUGAUCAUAUACAUGAGAAGUAAGGGGUGGUUUUGACUCAUGCACAAGUCAAGUUUUAUUCCAGUGGGUGGAGCUUAUGCCCUCCCAUUAUUACGUUGCCUAUCAACCAUCAAGAAGUAGCAGACAUCUUCUCGCACUAUGUACAAUUGAUGUUGAAUGCUUGAGCAAGGCUUUUUUCUGUAGCUGCCCGAGCGAGCAUGAGGACAUCUUGGAACGACAUGGAGUUAAGUAGGUUUUUUUUUUAUGUGCCUCCAAAACACUAUUAACUCCAGUAAACAUGUCAAAGACGGAACAAAAAACCUCCAGAGAAGCCACAGUUCCAAUUUUCAAAACAAAGGAUUCAUAAAAAGACUCAUGACGAACAUAAUUGAGUUCUUUUUUAUGUUCCUUUCUGAAGUGCUUCUGGAAAAAUCAAGCACACACUGUACCUGUCUCUGUUUUAUUUAUUUAGAAAAAUGGUUUAUGUUACCAAUGUAUAAAUAAGAGUCAUCCAUGUCACAGUAAUUUAAUGUACUCUGUGUUGUAAUGAAUCAGAUGACCUGUUGAAGUCUAAUUUGCACAUCAAUAGCUGAAGCAAGUAAUUUAAAGGAGAAAAUCAACAACAAUUCAAUAAAAUGAGGGUUUGAGAAUAAUUUGUCUCAUUUGUCAGAUUUUGAGACAGGAAUUUAUCUGCCUAUAAAAUGGGGUGUAUACAGAAAGAGCCUAUCUCUGUAUUUUAUGUGACCCAGAAUGUGUUUUGCACAAAUGAACCAGUUUUAUUACGCUUUUUUUAGAGGUGCACUACCAAUACACAUUUUUUUAAUGAUGUUCUUAUAGGACAGUUCAUUGCAGUAUACUAAAAUCUUCUUGUGCCGCUUUAAUAUUUUUCUCACAAUAUCUCUUUUUGAAAAUGUAAUUUUUUUUCUUGUAAUGAUUAUUUUUAUUGUAUUUUUCUUUAGCAGUAUAUUCUAGAAAUCUAGUCUAAAGCAAUAGUGUGGAUGUAUGUAUGUAUAUAUAUAUAUAUAUAUAUAUAUGGAAGAGAGGAAAACUCUCGAAAGCUUGUCUUUGAAAUAUUAUAAUAUCUACUGGACUAAUACGGGACUAAUACUAAUAUAUAUAUAUAUAUAUAUAUAUGUAUAUGUUUUCUAUUUAUUGUAUUUUUUUAUUUAAUUUUCCCCCUAUUUUCUGGGGCAAAUGAAGGAUUUCCCCAUUCCAUUGUUUUAUAGCUUAUUUUUGUUGUGCUAUAAACCAACAUACAUAGUUCGCACUGUCAUGACCGCAACAAUAUUGAAUAACACCAGUGAGAUAUACAUAUGUCAUGGCAAGAAGUACAGCACAGUAUAUUUUUUAUAGGCUGUGUAGGUAAAGUCAGCUCAGUUUAAGUCGGACUAGGCGUCAAUUGGAAGACAUUUUUUUAUUUUUUUUAAACUCUUACUAAAUAUUGAUUGAGGGAAAUGCAUUUGCAUGAACUGAUGAUAUAAUAUAUUAUAACACACAUAUAUAUAUAUAUAUAAAUAACAUAUAUAAGGUAGAUUGAGAUAAAAUUAGUAAAGUUACACUAGGGAUCAAUUAGAUUUUUUUUUACUUGGGUUAGCUUCAAGGAAAAGUCUAUAUAUGCCAGAAAUAUGUAAAUUUAGUGUUUUUGCGUAGAACAAAAUAUAAAUGGAGUUAAAGUGUGAUUCCAAACCUUCCUAGCCUGUAGCCCCUGGGGACUGUACCAAGGGGUCCUUGCUGGGGCACUGUAAUACUUCUGGAUUUUGCCAAGACCAUGUCUCUGGGAUGGUUUUAUAAUAUUUAGCAUUUUUUAAAUUUUAUUAUUAAUUAAAAUAAAAUAUUGCAUUAUAUAUAGUCUCUGUAUUCUUUAGGCCUAUCAUUAACUUGUGCAAUCUUAAAACAGGAUCUGAUGAACAUGAUUUUAUUCAUAAGGGAUAUCAUACGAUAAUAUUCUAUGUUGGGAAUAAUAUUUGAUGAAUAUGAUAUAUGAAAAUGCUCCAGCCAGUGGAAAUGCGCUAAACUAGCAUGAGUUCCCCCUUUUGAGUUCCAAGGAAGAGGUGAAAAACAGUUGGAUUAAGGGAUUUUGUAAUGUUAAAGUUCAGAUUUAACAGAAUGUUUAUUUUAAUCACAGACUGACUUCCUACCCAGCUUGCCAACGUCACAAAUGUCAAAGUCAGAAUGACCUUUCAGUCGUCUUUGUGAGAUGCUAAAGAAUCAAAUUGUUUGUUUGGUUUUGUUUUACCAAGGUAUACAAUGGUACAUGUUGAUAUGCUUGUUAACAGUAUUUGUGGACACAUACGUUGCCUUUUAACGCUGUCAUUGCCAAAAUGUGUUUUUGUAUUUUGAUCUGUUUGCUCUUUAUUAAAUGUACUAUUAGCCCUACAAUGUAAAUAAUGAAUAUGCAGUUGUGCAUUUGACUGAGUUGUGUUUAUGUUCCAUAUUACAUAGAUCUUAAAAAUAUAAUGUGCCUGGUGCCACCAGAGACCCACCCCAUGUAUAAGAAAAUAUAACUAUGGGAAAUCCAGUGUUUCUGCAAAUCUAUCUCAGUCAAAUUUCCCAACAUGUACCAAUGUAGUGUGUGUGUGCCACACUUCUUGUCAUUUUGUUUUUCAAUAUCUACUCUGUUUUGUGAUGUCUAAUAGUUUUUGUUUAUUACUUACAGGUCUGCUGCAUAAACACAAGAUAUACAGCUGUAGUUACCUCAAUUGCUGAGCAAUGGCUACAGGGGACAAAGUUGCUAUCUUAACUGAAGAUGAGGAGGAACAGAAGAGAAAAUAUGUACUUGCUGAUCCUUUUAAUGGGGUUAGCGUGGAGAAUGACCAAGCUGGACCUAGUGAAGCUCAUCAAGCAACAGAUACUGCUUCUAUCACAGAUGACGAAAUGGACUGGCUGGAGAAACACUGCUUCAAAAUUAACAAUGACCUUCUCAUCUCUAAAGUUUUCUACUUCUUUUUUUAUUCUGCAUAUGGUUCCCUCUAUCCUCUGCUCCCUGUUUACUACAAACAACUGGGAAUGUCUGCUACUCAGAGUGGAUUGCUUGUUGGAAUCCGAUAUUUUAUCGAAUUUUGUAGUGCCCCUUUCUGGGGCGUCAUAGCGGACCGUUUUAGAAAAGGGAAGGUGGUUUUACUCUUCUCAGUUCUUUGCUGGGUUUUAUUUAAUUUAGGAAUAGGGUUUGUAAAACCAGCAACAUUGUUAUGUGUGCCUACUAACCCUGUGCCUGUGCAACCGACUAACUCCAGCACUCUUCCACCCUUUGUUUCUCCAUCAACACGGAUUCCUGCUGAGAAUACCACCACAGCAAAAAACAGACGUAAGAGAGAUGUCUAUUCAGAUAGGCAACUUUUGUGGAAAUCUGAUGUAGAGUUUAGCUCCGAAAUGAUGUUCUAUAAUGGAGAAGAUAAUAUUUUACAUCGAAAUGCCAGAGAUGUUUCAAAUAAUAGUGUAACAGUAGGCACAGAAAUGAGUAAUGGAUCUACCAUUUCUUUAACCACGACAACCUUGGCCAUCACUACAACAACCAAAGCUCCUGGCAACUUUGCAUUGCUAUACGAUGAAGCAGAUGUAGAAACUAUCUUCCUCUUGAUCUUGCUGGUGGUCAUUAUUGGAGAGUUUUUUAGUGCUCCAGCUGUGACUAUUGUGGAUACAGUAACUCUACAGUACUUAGGCAAACAUAGGGAUCGCUAUGGACUCCAAAGGAUGUGGGGAUCUCUUGGAUGGGGACUGGCUAUGUUAUCAGUGGGUAUAGGUAUCGAUCAUACUAAAAUAUUUAUGAAAAUAAGUGGUAGUGGUUGUCUAGCUCCUGAAUACAAGGACUAUCGUAUUGCUUUUAUUGUCUUUGGUGUCCUGAUGUCCAUUGCACUUAUUGUUUCUACUCAAUUUCGCUUUCGUUACCACCACCUACAAACACAUGUGGAUAGGAAUGAAGACCUGGAGAUCUCUCCAGUGGAAAAUAGAUCCCAGGCUGAAUCUCCAGCACAGAGUCAGAGUGAAAGCAGGAAUGAGGGACCAGAAACAGAAGCCUUUAAAUACUGGGAUUUGAUAAAGCUCAUAUGCACUGUGCAAUAUAGUUCUGUUCUAUUUGUGGCCUGGUUCAUGGGCUUUGGCUAUGGAUUUGUCUUCACCUUUCUUUUUUGGCACCUUGAGGACCUCAAAGGGACUACAACUCUGUUUGGUGUUUGCUCAGUUUUGAGUCACAUUUCUGAACUGACCGCUUAUUUCUUCAGCCACAAGUUGAUUGAGUUGGUUGGUCACAUCAGGUAAGUGUACAUCAUUCUGUAUUUAGAGAUUUAAAUAACUUGGCAAAAGAAGCAAAAUUUAAAUUUUAUAGAUUAACACACAAAUUGCUCUCUACACCUUCUGUUUAGUCUGUUCCCUGGCCUAUUCAUUAGUCCGUAACUGUCUCCACAGAUGGUUCCUCAGUGCAAUGGAACAUAGUGGCGACUUCCUUUUAUCUUUCCUCUCAGUUGUCAGUGAAAAUUAGUAAUCUGUUCAGUUUCUGCAUUAGAUUUUUUUCACGUGUUAUUGCUACAAUUCAUAAAAAAAACUUCAAGGUUAAUUUAUGUAUAAAAUAAAUGGCUGUAUUUGAGUUAAGAUUUAAAGGGACGCUGUAGUGACCAGAACAACUACAGCUUUAGUGUAGUUUUUAUUUUGUCUACUGCCUUUCCCUUCAGGCUUUUUAAUAUAAACACAGAGAAAAGGCAGUGUUUACCUUGCUACCUAGGAACAUCUAGAGGUGCUUUCUAAAUCAGUGCUGUUCAAUGCCACCACACUCUGCAUGGAAGCUGUGAAUGUUCCCCAUCAAUAUGCAUUGAUUCAUUGAUAUGAGGAGAUGCUGAUUGGCGCAGUGCUUUGCUGAGCAUGCGCGAUAGCCAUAGGAAAGCAUUGGAUUGGCUGCUUUCUUUCCUAUGAGAAAGCAUUGGAUAGGCUGAGGUCAUCAAGUUUGUCAAGCGGGCUGGGGCAGAGUCAGCCACAAGGAGAACAAUACAGCGCUGGAAAAAGGUGAAAAAAAAAUCACCUUUUUACUGCAGGGAGAGUUAGGCCAGAAACCUAAAUUGCAUUAUUAGAGCCUGAGUGUCAGGUAUACAUGUCUGACACUGUAGUGUUCCUUUAAGGAAAAGCACUUACCAUCCAAUGACACUCUGGGACUUACAGAAAAAUUAUGUAUGUAUGUUUGGUUGGACAGUCAGGCAUGCAGUGUAAACAAGUAAAUAAAACCACAACCCAUGGCUAACUUUUGUGCAAAAAUGUCACUGUGACCAUUUUACAUUCAUUUUUAGGAGUUUUCUUAAGCAAUGUUUAUUUUGUUUAAUUGCACUGUCAAACCCAUAUCCUUGUGCUUUUUUUCUUUGCACUUUGACAUUUAAUUUAUAUAUAGCAGUUAUUCACCAACUAAUUGCCAUCAUUUGACACUAGAAACACAGUUAAAGGAUCACUAUAGGGUCUGGAACACAAACAUGUAUUCCUGACCCUAUAGUGUUAAAACCACCAUCUAGCCCCCCCUGGGCCCCUCAUGCCUCCAUAGAUAUUGCAAAAUCUUACUGUAUUCAAGCCUGAAGCUGUAACUCUGCUUGUUUUUCCCCAUAUGAUUGGCCGAGACUGACAAGGAGGCAGAUCAGGGGCAGAGCCAGCACAAUUCAAAAACAGCAACUCCUCAUAGAGAUGAAUUGAACCAGUUAAUCUCUAUGAGGAAAGUUCAGUGUCUGCAUUCAGAGGGAGGAGAUACUGAAUGUUUGGAUGCAUUUUAGGCAGUCAUGACGCAGGAAGGAUCUCUAACAGCCAUCUGAGGAGUGGCCAGUGAAGUUAUCACUAGGCUGUAAUGUAAACACUGCCUUUUCUAUGAAAAGACAGUGUUUACAGCAAAAAGCCCGAAGGUAAUGAUUCUACUCACCAGAACAAAUUCAAUAAGCUGUAGUUGUUCUGGCGACUAUGGUGUCCCUUUAACUCUACUCCACUUCUUUUAGGCUUAAAGGGAGUCUGUCACUUAUUGCAUUUCUUAAUAUCAUGUUUACUUUUCUCUUUUUUUUUUAACAAAUAUGUAUUUGUGUGAUUUGAAAAAUAAAAUUAAAAAGAUAAAUUCAUACCUUUUCAAGUUGCACCUCGACACCUCCAUCUUGGCUCCUUGUCAAUCAGUGUUAUAAUCUCUGACCUUUGCAUCUGCCAGUCAACAAAUCAGAUAUCUUUUAAUCUACAUCUGACUGAAUCCAUACAUCGAAUCUAUUUUUUUUUUUUAGUAGUAGUUCUAUUGAGAUUUUUGUUAUUUUUCUUGCUAUUAGCAUUCAUGUCAUAAUAUACAAAUACAUUGUUUUGCACUUUUUAAUGCUUUCUUUUUUGUAUAUUAUUUAACUUCUCUGAUGAUGCAGUGUUUGAGCUAAAGGACCUGUAAAGCAAACCACUGGUGAGGGGCAGGUGUCACAGGGUUCCAGUCAGGCACAUUGCAAUAGAACUUUGCCUUGCAAAGUCUGACUGUUAUUGCUCCCUCACAGUUCUCGGUGCUGAAGCUCACAAUAUGUAGUUAUUGUUCAGUGAUAGAUGGCGGUCGUGAUGGCCUCUAUCUCUGUUUUACACUCACCCUCCUUCUCCCUUUGUGUGACCCCAGGCUUCUUGCAUGUGGAGGAGCAGACAGACCUAUGAUUCAUGAUACGCUCAGGCUCAUUUUUACACUCACCAGAACCAGGACACUGGGCAGCACAGUAUUCCCUCUCUACCCAAAGUGCAUAGCUAGAAUGAGAUAUAGAUAUUUGCCAAAGCUUGACUUGGGUCUUUCAGGACCUCUUUAACCACACACGGCUGCAGCUCUUUCCUUCCAGGCAGGUGUAGUUCCCGUCGCCUCUUCUGUUCUGCUCCCAGGAAGGUAUCGACACCUCUGCCUUCACAAAGGUACAUGUGGCUCUCAGGAUCCUCAUGGGAUCUUCUUUCUUAACCUGUCCCGGGAUCAGGGAACAGUGCAGCCAGCAAACAGGUGAAAUAACUCUGUUAGUGAUCCCUGAACAAACCAGACAGGACACACAGUUCCCAAUUGAACUAGCACACAAUACUUUAUUAUCGCUCAGGGCUAUAUUACAGUUAUGGUGACAUACUCAAUUCAAUACGUAUAACCAAAUCAUACAGGCGCUUAUAAUAAUAAUAAUACAAUACUAUGCAAUAUUAAUAAACAAAGACAGAGUGUGGAAGACAAAGACGAACAAGAAAUUUGUCCCUGCCUGUAUAAUAUGAAAAUCUGCCUGAAUAUGCAAAUUAACUAAUCUUGCUAUUCAGGUAGUGCUCAUAAAUGUUGCAGCUAAUAGGUAACACUGCACAGGCUCCACAGCCAGACAGGGUAUAACACAAGACAUUCCCCAAAUUACAUUGUGAUACAUACCCCUAAUCUGACAAAUUUGGUUGUGGUAAUUAUGGUGCUUGGAGUGUUCCUUAGACAGUUUAGAUAGUAGACAAAAACAAUCACAGAGGAAGACUCUGGAAUAUGCGACAGCUAUAGAUCAAGCUGCUUCACUGGUAGUUCAUAGGAUAGGAGCUUUAAGCUUGGGAGCUAAUAAUAGUGAGAUGGCAGGAAUAGUUGAUGGGGUGGGGCUUUUUCAAGGCUUCUUUCUAAAGCUUCCACCCACAUCCCCAACUAGUUAGCAAGCAAUGAAAAAGCAGCAGAGACUGCAGCUUUUAUAAAGGCAACACUGCUCUGGACUCACUGUCCAGGUCAGUGACAGAUGGCUGAUGGCCAUGUGAUUUAUAGCAGUCAGUACUUGUCCCCCCCAAAAAAAUGCAAAUUUACACACAGAUUCCCUUACAUUGGCCCUGGCAGUGGACUGCAGGUCCUUCCCACUGCCUAUGUACCAUGGCAUGGUAGGGGUCCUGUUUUGGGGAGGCAGGUACACGGAGGUCAUUCUUGCUGCUCUGAACCCACAAGGAGAAGGGAAAUGGGAGGGAGAUGGUAUACUUACUUUUUCUUUUAUGAAAUAUCCACAGACUUGAUAAUGACAUUGAUUUAUGUUGCUCUUGGUUUAGACAAGUGCAGUGGGUGUGAUGAUGGUUGUACAUAGGGAGCGGCCAAAUUAAAUUUUAGGGGCAGAGCUGCUUUCGACUAACCCCUUUUGUUAGGGGAUUGAUUUUUGUGAAUUUCAUCCACCCUUCCCAGCAAUAACUUUAAUUAAAUCUGUCUUUGGUGCGGUGUUUUUUUUUUUGUUUUUUUGUUUUUUUAAUUCUUUAUUUUUGCUUGCAUUGGGAUUCAUACAAAAGUAGAAUGGCAUCGUAGCAUAAAUAUAUGCAAGAAUAAUCAACAUAGCAGUAGCAUAAAACGUCAUAGAAGAACAUUGCACUUUUUAGUAUAAUGAAACGGGAUGAGAUGUGCCAGAGAGUGAGUGAUUGCACAGAACUACAGGCUGUACAUACUGGCAGUGAGAGUGAUUAGUAAGACCACUGGGUUGAGAUAAAAAAGGUGGUUUUAGUAUAGAUCAUAGACCUUGCAGUCUGACUGCUCAAUUCUCAUUUAGGUGUUAGUGCACUUUGUUUUUUUAUAGCGUCUCAACUCCCUGCAUAUAACUUGCACAGUCUUCCUAAACACUUUCUGUAAAGACAGAUCUAAUGUUUAAACUUUCUUCUUCUUUUUUUUGCACAUUCUGUUUAAUUUAGAAUUUAUUGUUCCCUGUAAUGUUAAUAGUCUACCGGAACCUGUAGGAGCCUUCUGUGUGUGAUUAAAGUUAUACUAACAGGGCAGGAGAUGCAAACUUCUAACAUAAAGAAACAUCCUGUGCUCUCAGACCUGUUAAAAAGGAAACCAUUUUUUUUUCAAGCAGGCUGUGUAAAUCACAGCCAGGGGAGGUGUAGCUAGGGCUGUAUAAACAGAGAGGAAUUUGAUGGCAGUGAAUUUAGCAGUGAGACAGCAGGGGCAUGAUCUAUUCUAUACACUGAAACUGCUUCAUCACACUAAAGUUGUUUUGGUGCUUAGAUUAUCCCGUUAAACCUCUUUAGGAUUGACUGUUUGUAAAUAACGUGUGUCUAAAAAGGAGUUACAAUGUCUAUAUAUUUUCACAUCUGACUGUUAAAUAUGCCAAAUAACAACCUUUUUGGAGACUUUCUUCUAAAUAGCACAAUUUUCUUAAUAAUUUACUGAGGAAUUUGUUUUCCCUCGACCCUGAGAUUUUGUAAACUAGCCCCUAUUAGUACUGUUUCACUUUUUAUUCAUGGUGGGAGCUUUUAGGAUAACUAUGGGUAGGCAACCUUUGGCAUUCCAAAUUGUGUGAACUACAUCUCCCUUGAUGCUUUGUCAACAAUAUGGAUGUCAGAGCAUUAUUGGAUAUAUAGUCCACAACAUCUGGAGUACUGAUGGUUGCCUACUCCACUGGUGUAGAAUACAUUCAGGAUAUUUCUGAUUCUUUUUAACUUUAUUUUUUUUUUUUUUUAGAACCUAACACAUUGGUACAUAUUACCUAGGUUUAUUUUCUUCUCCUUCCAACUCUUCUUAUCAGUGGUAGAAUAAAAAUCAACAUUUAGAAUGAUUGGCAGUGAGCCAAGAUGGAUGAACCCAGUUCCAGGAUAAUUGUGCAUUUCUACAGUUAAUUUUUAUCUUUUUCAUGUCUCACAAAUACAUUUGGAAAAUAUUGGGAAUGCAUAAAUAAAUGUAAAAUGUUCAUUAUGUCCUCUCAGGAUGAAUUUUGAUGUAUCUUUUGUUAAGAUAAAGCGAUGUGUAAUGUCAUGUGAGUGAUCGUUGCUGUGAGGCCAGUAUCCUAUGACUUGGUCAGUUAGAGUUAGACUGUGGAAAAUAUUAUACACAGUCUUCUGUGAAAGUCUGAAAUCACUUGUAGUUUUUACAUGGGUGUGGUGGGCCCACUGUCUACAUAGGAAACUGUUACAGGCACGCCUAGGCUGCUGCACUAUUAUGUUAUGUGCUAAGUGGAUGAACUGGAUUUUUCACAGCACUUCGGACAAAAUAUCUCUGAACAUAAAAUCUCCAGUAAUUAAAGGAUGACCAGUUGGAUUAAGGCAUUAAGAAAUGGAGGCAGUCUGCCAAAAAUGUAUUUUUUGCUUAAUUUUUUUUAUCACUUUAAUACUACAUAUGGUAGGGUCAGCUGACAGCUUUAAAAGGAUCCUAUAGUGUCAGGAAAACAAACCCGUUUUCCUGGCACUAUAGGGUUAUUCGGUGUCCCCCUCCCUCGCGACCUCCCUGUUAAAGCAGGGAGGGACAUCGGUGCUGGGUCAGACUCCGCCCAUGGACCCCCGCCGCCAAUUUCAGCCGGCAGGGGAGACUUAAUGACCACGCGCGCAUUUGACCUCUCCAUAGAAAAGCAUAAUUCAAUGUUUUCCUAUGGGGAAAAAUUGACGCUGGAGGUCCAUGAUGAUGUCCAGCGUCAGAUAACGGACCAAAAGUCCGUUUAGAUUCCACUUAGAGGUGCACAAAAUCUGAACUUCUGAAUGCUUUAGUGGAUAAUACAGAAGUAUGAACCUUUGCUUUAUUUGACCAAAGACCACUGAUGCCCCAUAUAGUAAGGCAAGUAUCAAACCUUGUGUAAUCAGUUUGACAGAUGAUGUCCUGGGACGCCUGACACCGUAACUACUAAAGAACACUGUAGGGAUAUGAGAGUGUCCCUUCAGAUUAUCUUUGUCAGAAGCACUAUUUGUGUGACCGUACAUCAUGUACAAUGAACUUUAUAUGUAUUGAAUUAUACACACAGAGGUUACAAUAGUAAUAACUACAUUUAAAUUAUAAUGCAAAAUUACAAUUUUCUUUUAAGAAUGACCCUAAGCAGACAUCAUGUGUACUUAUACUGAUCAUUAAACUAGUUUUAACUUAAAAAUUCAUCUAUUUUUAUUUAAUAGCCUUUUACCUGCGAAAUUGUAUUUUUUAUUUAUUUAUUGAAACAUAAAUAUAUUUCUACAUCCUGCUUGUUGUAUUACAGAGUCUUAUACAUUGGUUUGGCUUGCAAUACUGCUCGAUACCUAUACAUCUCCUAUAUGGAAAAUGCCUGGACAGUCCUCCCAAUGGAAGUGCUACAAGGUAUGUAAAACUUCAGCCUAGCCUUGGCUCAGUGUUUUCUCCAUUCACAGAACGAUAUCUAAGAGAACAGUUUGACAAGGGUCUAAUUUAAUUGAUUUCUAAUCACAUAUGUUCCCAUUCUACUAUCUGGUGCCCUAUGUGCUAUGUUGGUCAGUGGGAAUGGAUCUGGAAAUGGAACUGGAGAGCGAUUCCUGUAUGACAUCUGGGAGGCAGACACCAGGGUUUCGAUUUGUGUUAACGUUCCAGGAGCAGAUAUCCAAUAUUCUUUUCAGUGGUACUCUACCCCAGUCCAACUAUUUUGAAUAGGGAAAAGCCCCUCUGAUUGUUGUUUGAGACUGUGUGGUCAUUAUAGUACUUACUUUUAGAUAUGGUGGUCUUGUUUCAUGGUGAUUCCUUUUUGAAGCAUGGUGAGAGAUCUUUUAGUAUUUUUCAUUUAGGUCCCUUUGUAUUACACUCCUGACUUUUCCUACAGUCUCGACCUUCAGAGAGUCUCCCUGUGCUGGCUUAAUAGCUGUAUAAUUAAAUCACUAUGACUCUCAGGAAAGUUUUGGUUGCAUCUUGGUUGAAAACCCCUUGUUCCCUGUAGUAGAUCAAUUGACAGCAAUUGUUUACAACACUCUGCUCCCAUUUUAUAAAAUGUAGAAUUGUGGUGUGAGUACACCUCUAACUCUUUUGAGCUACUCCCUUAUGGAGAUGCAAACUCAUAGCAGUUCUUUUUUCCAUUUCUUCCGUUGGUCCAUCCCUUCCUUUUUAUUUCAUUCUGUUGUUGUGUUCUUAUUCUGAGUGACUGGAAAAUUAGACAGGUUAUUGCUUUCUCAUGCUAAAAUAGUCUUGCAAUCUGUAUGAUUCGCAUGCCUCUUAAAUAAAGAAUAAAAAAAAUAAAAUAAAUUAGUCUGAAAAGAAAAAAAUGAAAUGCUUACUUUUAUCCCUGUUUAGGAAUGCAUAAGCAAUGCUAGAGUUAACGCAGCAUUACGUGUUAUGAUUCUGUAGCCUCAUACUGAUGUUUCUGUGUAUGAUUUCUGUGGAUUUAGAAUGUUAAAACCAUUAGUUUUAACAGUCCCUGCACCCAGAGCCUCAACCCUUUCAAUCUACUCUCAUAUACAUAUAUUAAUGUUACCAGAUGGCCACGUAUCCACAUACCACACGCUUUACAAACCUACAUGCCUACCUACAUACCUACACACCCACAUAGCCACCCCUGCAUUAUUACCCAAUAUGCCUAAAGUGCUAGAUAAUAUGGUUAUGAUUGAGUUUAGAAAAUGUGCUUUCAAAGGCUACUGUUAAAGGACCACUAUAGGCACCCAGACCACUUCAGCUCAAUGAAGUGGUCUGGGUGCCAGGUCCCCCUAGUUUUAACCUUGCAGCUGAAAACAUAGCAGUUUCAGAGAAACUGCUAUGUUUACACUGCAGGGUUAAUCCAACCUCUAAUGACUGUCUCCCUGACAGCCACUAGAAGCCGCUUCUGCGAUUUACACUGAGUAAAUUGCACUUAUUUGAUGCUGGAUGUCCUCACGGAGUACAGCAUCAAAAAAAAUCCCCAUAGGAAAGCAUUGAGUAAUGCUUUCCCAUGGGCGGGUUUGAAUGCGCAUGUGCCUCUGGCCGCGCAUGCGCUUUCGGCUCCACUUGGGAGCUGACGUCGGCGGGGGAGGAGAUGUCAAGAGCGGCGAGGGAGCCUGGUGCUGGAUUAACGUAAGUGGCUGAAGGUGGGCACUCCAAGAGCCUAUAGUGCCGUUUGAAUUUUAAUUCACAGCAGUUCCAGUUUUAGUGUCUAAACCACAACCGAGCAACUACUAGCAUUAUUCUUACAGAAUUGUCUGACCGGAGCAAUUUAUUACUAGCAUGUAAAUGCUAUGUAAGACAGUACAUUGCUUGUGCAGUGUAUAUCCUUAUAUUCACCUCUGGUAAACCUUGUAAGUAAAAAUAAGAAAGCUGCCAUUCAAGGCUCUAGUAGAAGGAAUCCCCAUUUAUGUGACAGUCCCUCGGGAUGCUGGAGCAGUCAAAUGAUGGAGGGAGUUGGUGACUUAUUGUGCCUUUCAUGUUGGUAGUGGAGACUACUUUUGUGUCUGAAGUAUGAAGGUAUAACUUCAAUGGAAUGCUGCUCAUUCAAUACCUUUUUCUACAUCAUCACUUACCAAGGACAAAUGUGGAUCUCUAUGCAUGUGUGAAUGUGAAAAUUAUGAGGGUAAUUUGAGACCUUCAGCUGUGACUAUGUUAAAAUGCAUGUUAUUUAGCAAUAAAGUAUUUGCAAGCAGGUGGUGUUCAUGUGAACAUAUAGGUUAAUAUAUUAAAGGAACACUAUAGGGUCAGGAAAAUUUAUUCUUGACCGUAUAGUGUUAAAACCACCAUUUAGGUGGCUUACCCCCCUUAAAAGAUAAUAAACUUACCUUUUUUCCUGCACCGCACGGGUCCGCUGGUGCUGGCCCCACCCCCGAUCCGCCUUUUUGGCUUACAUCAGAGUUAAUGAUCUCAGCCAAUCCAAUGCUUCCCAUAGGAAAAGCAUUGGAUUGGCUGAGAUCAUCAAGGAAGCGGGGCCAAGUGCCAGCUUGGCCAACAGCAUCUCCUCAUAAAGAUGCAUUAUACCAAUGCAUCUCUAUGGGAAAAGUUCAGAGACACUGAAAGUCACACUGUGCAGCAUUGCCACAGGAAGCACCUCUAGUAGCCAUCUAAGGAGCGUUCCAAGGCAGCAAUUUAAACACUGCUUUUUCUCUGAAAAGGCAGUGUUUACAUGAAAAUGCCUGCAGGGACUGACAAUACUCAUCAAAACAACUACAAUGAGCUCUAGUUGUUCUGGGGACUACAGUAUUUCUGUACCUUUGACAUCCCUUUAUAUAUACAAAUACAUAUGUAUAAUAAUGCAAAUACAUAGACACAUGUAGGCCUUUAAGUGUGUAUGCGUGUGUGGUUUUGUGUAUGCACAUGUCGCUGAAGCAGAAUUUACCAAAAAAAAGUUCUAAUUUUAGUAACAAAUAUUGAUACUGAAACUGUUAAUAUAAUUAACUCACAUCCAGUGAUGUUUCCGCAGGUAUAUCAUAUGAGUAACUACCACUAAAGUAAUUCUAGAAGAGGUAAAAUGCUUGCUGCUGACAUCAUUUUUCUAUGACUAAUACGAACUCUGAAUGCAAAUUCCUUUAUCAAGGUAUUUCCUUGUAUAGAUGUACUUUGGUGGCCUAUGUUAUCUUGAAAAGGUGGUUCUAAAUGUUCUUUCAGGGCCAGAUUUAUUGUUGAUAUGUCCUUGUUUGUUAAAGGGGUUUGUAACUUAUUUGCAGGUUCUGUAUUCUAAAUGGAGCUGAUGCGUGUCCUGAUUUUAUGUUAAUUAAUGUGCUGUUUGAAAAACCUGCCACAAGAUGUAAGGAAGAAAAAUGUUUCAUUCUAACGAAGUACUUUUCAACAUUGUGUUUCAACUUUAACAAUCUUUGCAGAGUUUAUCUUAUAGCAGCCUAUGUCUAGUGGGUUACUUAUGGCUGAGUUAUUCGCUCACAAAAUUCAUUAUAGAGCUUAAAAUUUAGUCCAUCAGUCACACUGCCUCUUAGACAUGGCUAAUCCAAACCCUAGAAAGGUGCACCUCAAGCUGGGCCACACGGUGUAACCAGACCCCUCACAAAUCAAUCGAGGCUCUAAUGUAUCCAUUCUUUGUCAAUACAGCUGCGUCCGCCUCCCCCCCCCUCGCACUGCCACCCUUGCCACAGUAAAUAAAGGAUUAAAGCGGCACUGUCAUGCCGAACUUACCUUUCCUCAAUCUCUUCCUCUUCUCCCCCUCUCUCAGGAUCUGUUAUUCUUUUCUUCCUGUCUUCUUUAGUUUUCUUUAAAAUCAUAAGACAAAGUAGGGACUCUUUGCCUUAUGGGGGAUUCCUCCGCUUGACCAGCUCUGACCAGCGGAGGAGCAAAGUGUGCUUCAUUUCCGCUGGUCAGAGCAAUUUUCCCAUGAUCCCUAGCUUUCCUCAGUGUUCCCACAAUGCUUCCUGUCAUUUUACACAAAACUGCCGAAUUGCGUUCUAACUGAAUGACAACAGUCUGUUCGUUUCUUUUAGAACGCAAUUCGGCACUUUAUUCGGAUCAGAAUUUCAUUAGAAUGAAUGAAACUCCGAUCCUAUUCUUGCUGUGGCUGCAUCUUGCAGCCGCUUAGUAGAUAACUCCCUAAUUCCCAUGGUAUCAGGGAGUUAUCUACUAAAAGGCUGAAAGACCUAAAUUGGUCUUUCAGCCAACUUUACUAAUACCAAGUAAAAAUUACUUAGUAUUAGUAAGUAAUAUGCCCCUACUCGCUAUACUGCGAGUAGGGGCAUGUCUGGUAAACAGUGAGCAGCCUGUGGCUGCUCACUGUAAAAAAAACUAUUGGCCCCCACCCCUAAACGACGGGUGGGGGCCCUAAAAUAAAAUAAGGGGGGGAGACCAAAUGACCUACUGCCCCCCCCGGCCCCCACCCCUGGGCGGCGGGUGGGGGCAAUAAUGAGGGGGGGGGACCUACUACCCCCCCCCGCCCCCACCCCUGGGCGGCGGGUGGGGGCCAUGAAGAUAAUGAGGGGGGGAGGACCUACUCGGACCUGGUGGGGCCUAAGGAGGGCGCCCCAAAUCCAUCUUCACCCAUGGAGGGCUCGGCGCUGAGCUCGCGGGGGGGAAGCAUAAAGCCUUGCCCGUGCAAUUAGGCUAGAACACUCUGAUUGGUGGGUUUAAGCCAAUCAGAGUGUUCUUUGUCAUUUUACACAGCGUGGGAAAAUUCAAAAGAACUUUCCCACGCUGUGUAAAAUGACACAGAGCACUGUGAUUGGAUGGCUUGAAAUCCAUCCAAUCACAGUGCUCUGUGUCAUUUUACACAGCGUGGGAAAAUUCAAAAGAACUUUCCCACGCUGUGUAAAAUGACACAGAGCACUGUGAUUGGAUGGAUUUCAAGCCAUCCAAUCACAGUGCUCUGUGUCAUUUUACACAGCGUGGGAAAAUUCAAAGAACUUUCCAGCUGUGUAAAAUGACACAGAGCACUGUGAUUGGAUAAUUCAAGCAUCCAAUCACAGUGCUCUGUGUCAUUUUACACAGCGUGGGAAAAUUCAAAGAACUUUCCAGCUGUGUAUAAUCGAGUAGGCCAUGAAGAUAAUGAGGGGGGACCUACUGUCCUCGCCCCGCUGGCGGGUGGGGCCAUGAGAAUGGGGACUACUGCCCCCCCCCCGCCGCCAGUGGGAGGCGGGGAGAGGUCCUCCCCUCAUUUCUUCAUGGUUCACCGCCAUUUAGCGUGGGAAAGUUCUUUUGAAUUUUCCCACGCUGUGUAAAAUGACACAGAGCACUGUGAUUGGAUGGCUUGAAAUCCAUCCAAUCACAGUGCUCUGUGUCAUUUUACACAGCGUGGGAAAGUUCUUUUGAAUUUUCCCACGCUGUGUAAAAUGACACAGAGCACUGUGAUUGGAUGGCUUGAAAUCCAUCCAAUCACAGUGCUCUGUGUCAUUUUACACAGCGUGGGAAAGUUCUUUUGAAUUUUCCCACGCUGUGUAAAAUGACAAAGAACACUCUGAUUGGCUUAAACCCACCAAUCAGAGUGUUCUUAGCCUAAUUGCAGGGCGGGGCAAGGCUUUAUAAGCCUUCCCCCGCUCUGCGGAGCUCAGUCUGCGCGGAGCCCUCCAUGGGUGAAGAUGGAUUAUUUUUUUGCGCUCGGGUUUUUUUUUUUUCGUCGGGUUUUUUUUUUUGCGCUCGGGAUUUUUAUUUUAUUUUCAAUUCGACGGUUAUGAUGGUUUUUUAUUUGGCCUUUUUUGGGGCUGAAAAAAGAAGAUUUGAGAAAAAAGAAGACGUCGAAUGGUAAGUUUAAUUUUAUUUUACAGGUUAGUUAUUUUAUCCCCCCCUCACUAUUUUUUAGGGUGAGGGGGGUAGGUAGGGACUUGUUUUUUUUUGGGUGGGGGGUGGGUGACUAGGGGCUUGGGGACCCCUAGUCACCUUGGGGGGGGUAAUUGACUUAGGGCCCCCACCCGCCGCCCAGGGGUGGGGGCCGGGGGGGGAGGACAGUAGGUCCCCCCCCUCAUUAUCUUCAUGGGCCCCCACCCGCCGCCCAGGGGUGGGGGCCGGGGGGGGGGAGGACAGUAGGUCCCCCCACUCAUUAUCUUCAUGGCCCCCACCCGCCGCCCAGGGGUGGGGGCCGGGGGGGGGCAGUAGGUCCCCCCCAUUCUCAUUAUGGCCCCCACCCGCCGCCCAGGGGUGGGGGCCGGGGGGGAGGACAGUAGGUCCCCCCCCCUCAUUAUCUUCAUGGCCCCCAUCCGCCGCCCAGGGGUGGGGGCCGGGGGGGGCAGUAGGUCCCCCCCAUUCUCAUUAUGGCCCCCACCCGCCGCCCAGGGGUGGGGGCCGGGGGGGGUACUGCCCCCCCCUCAUUCUCACUAUGGCCCCCACCCGCCGCCCAGGGGUGGGGGCGGGGGGGAGGACAGUAGGUCCCCCCCCAUUCUCAUUAUGGCCCCCACCCGCCGCCCAGGGGUGGGGGGGAGUACUGCCCCCCCCCUCAUUCUCACUGUUUAGGGGCCAAUAGUUGUUUUUUUUUACAGUGCGCAGCCACAGGCUGCUCACUGUUUAGUGGACAUGCCCCUACUCGCGGUAUAGCGAGUAGGGGCAUUGGGGAGAUUUUAAUCUCCCUUGUGCUAUUAUGGGGGUCAUAUUGACCCCCAUAGAGUGAGAGGGGGACCUGGGGGGGCUUAUGAAGUGGUGGGGAGCACUGCUCCCUGCCGCUUCUAUAGUUACAUAUUACAAGGAGGGAGCUGCAUGCCGGUAGCUCCCUCCUUGUAAUAACCUGCACGAACAAACUAACACUGAUACAUUGUGUUUGUUUGUUCGGCUGAUCUUUCUAUUCACUCAUUCGUCUGUCUGAUGAAUGAAUGAAUAGCUGAAAUUCCCGUUCGCAUGUCCAGGUGUUUCACUGGGCAUGUGCGGGAAUCUCAGUGUCUGCCUAGUGUGGGCUGAUGACGUGUCCCUGAGGGACUUCACCUACCCACACAAAGAUGGCUGCGCCCUGAAUAUAGAUCGGGGCAGAAAAUAAGGAUUAAAAAAUAGGUAAUGCUGGGGGUUUAGGGGCAUUUGGGGGUGACUAGUGAGUCAAUUGGAUGUAGUGGAGGCGGGAGAGGGGUUAAAAAAAAAAAACAGAAUUCGGCAUGACAGUGCCGCUUUAAAACACUCCCAGCGUUGAUGUCCCUCAGAGUUGGGUCACGGCACUGCCUCCACCGAUGUCCCUUGACGAGCGGGGGCUAAUGCGAAUGCACAACGAGUGGCGCACGCGUGUUUGGCCUCCCCAUAGGGGGAAAUAGCUCAUGCAGAGCAUGAUGACGUCCAGCGUCCGUUACAGGACCAAAAGUUAUUUAGGAUCCAGGAAGCGCCUCCAGUGGCUGUCUGGUAGACAUCCACUGAAGGCAGACUUAGUGCUGCAAUGUAAACAUUGCAGUUUCUUUGGAAUUGCAAUGUUAUACAUACAGGGGCAGUGCACCUAGACCACUCCAAUGAGCUGAAAUGAUCUGGGUGCCUAUAGUGUCCCUUUAAUGCACUUUGUAGGAGGGAGUGUCUGAUUAGCAGUAUUUAAAUUUCUCUGUGCACCUUCUCAUUUCUGUUAGAGGUAGGGACAUGAAGGAAGCUGUAUGCAGGUAUAGUAACUAACAAGCAAGAUGGAAUUAUGCUCCCCAGUUGAAAAAAAAUGUAUUAGUUGGGCCAAAAUCUAUCUAAUCUAAAGUGCUUUGUUGCUCCAGGGAGUUUCCCACUUAAAUACAGCAAAAUAGCUUUAAAUGGUGUGACUCGGUUUUUGUUUUUUUGUUUUUUUUGUCAUUGUAGACCUAACUGCCAGAACGAAAACUCCCUUUCAUAUAGUGGUUGUUCUAGAAAUCAAUUGUGUCAAGGACAGCUUGCCUUGACUUUCUCCUAACCUAUGGUUUUGUUUUAGUAUUUUUUAAAUACUAAUUUAUAGUGAAUUACAUUAUAUUUUUGCUUAAGCGCUCCACUAUUACAAGACACAUACAGCACUUUUCACGGAUAUUAAAGGAUAUACCAAGUGUUUGAGGAGCUAACUUAAUCUUAUAUCAAACAAAAGUAAGAAUAACAUUAAAAUACAUUUUUAGAAGCUCCAUUGCAUGUACAACCCUACUCUAGUUAAAUAAUAAAAUGUCAUCUAUUUUUCUAGUGAAUUCACCAACAAAUGUAUAUAUUAAUUUAAAUGGUUUCUUGUGCUUUUCUUCAGGGAGUGUUUAGUGUAGUCAAAUUCCUUACAUUCUAAUAGAAUACACUAUACAUUGCUGGAGAGCACAGCUGCAUGAACACCAAGUGAUGUCUACCUAGCUAUAAUGAGACACUGCACUACCAUAACAAAUAUGCUGCUUGGUCGCCCCUUUGCAAAAUGGUUAGCUUUCCCUGGCUCCGUUACAAAUCCAGUUAUAACCACAGCGAUUUGCAAAUAUCUCUUCAGCAAUAGGUCACAGGAGGACUAUGUACUACUCUCCAUACUAUACAAAUCCCUACUUCCCCUGACUGGGUUCCACAGUUUACUGUGAGGAAGUCUCAGCUUCAUUGCAUUUGACAGAUGAACUCAUAAAUUUGUAAACUGUAAGUGGAGCUACCAGUAAGCUGAGAGCAGCAGCUUAGUCAGCAGUUUCAUUUGUCAUAUGUGAAAAAUUGAAUUGCUGAUAACUACAUGGUGUUUAAAGAGCACUGUAGAAAAAACAGUACCAGGGGACUUCAGACACUAUUACAACAUAAGUGACAUGAAGCAGUUAUGGUGCCUACAGUAUCCAUUUAAGUAGAAACAGCAGAAACAUUAAUGGUUGACUGAUCCACUUCCUGCUCUGAGCAGUGCUCACUGCACAGAUUGCAAAGAUCCAUAUUCCGAUCACACACAGAGUCAUACUCCAAGACAAACAUAUCCAUACAUAGACCAGUAUUGACCACUUUCUUCAGUAGUCCGGUCAGUCUGUUGCGCUUGUUUUUAGAGCUGCAGAUAUAGUUAGAGUGGGUGUAAAACGCUGUGCCAGCCAACAUCCUCCAGUGUAUGUGUGUAUGGGCAGGAAGUGGAAGAGACCACAUCUUAUCAGUCUACUAACAACCUCUUACAUGGGAAAUGCACAAUGAGCAGGGUGAGUACUGAGUGCCUGCCUUUUUUUUCUUGGGUUUAUUUUGGGGGAGGGGUGGGAGGAAGGGGGGAAUUUAAAAUGUUGAGCUGACAUGCAUCUGAAUCUGUAAAACUGAAUUUAGUCAACUAGCGUCCUAGGAAUUUUGGCUCUUUCUUCUGACAGAACUGUCCACUUAAGGUCCAGCUCACAGAUGGAGAGCGGGAAUAUGUAGUUUAGUGAUUUCACACAUAUAGCACAUUAGCUGUGUGGAUGAUCCUCAGUGGAAAGUCCCAUCAGAAAUGCAGUUUGAACUGCUGUUCAGCCAUGCUUCAUUAGAGGUGGAUGAAGCUCAAUUACUAGAGUUGUCCAAUGUCAUGUACCAAGGUCAGGUGUCCAUGUCUAUAUCCAAAUGUUUCGUUUGUGAGUAGAUAGUUUGGUAAUUCAGCUGCCAACUACUUCCAUUCAUGAGUCUCGAGUAGGUAGUUAGGGGUUCAGAAAUAUGGCAGGCUGGUAGGUUUAUAUCUCUGAUCUAUAUAAUCCAUUACAAUAAUGGAGAUUAACUUCAGCCUAGAGUGUCUCCUAAAAUUGUAUAUUGUCUAAAGAUUUGGCCAGCAUAAUUUAGAAGUAACAUUGUGGGGGUGGAGCCUCACAGCCGCACUGACCGGUCGAACAUCUUGAUAGCUUCACAAGGAAAAGCUCUGUAAUGGCUCUAAUUACCGAAUUAAACUCUGAAAUAAACCUGCUGAAGUAUCCCAGAGACCAGAGAAUACCAGGACAACUGAUUUCCCUUUUUUUCUGAUCGAGAUAGGCAGCUUCAGUCAAGGGCAGACCUGUGGCCUACGAGAGGCCUAAUCACAUACCAGAUGUGAAGUUGACGCCCGUUCCCUCGGUAUGCUGCUGCAACUUAAUUUUGAGGUCUUCCCUUCAAUCUCUCCUCCCCACCCAACCGCCGCUAAAGGAUAUACCAGCACUUCAAUUUGCAUUGGGCCCUGUAAAAACGGAGUUAGAACAACAGAUAGUGCCACAGAAAAGUGUCGCUAGCUCAAAAUGGCCCUUAACUUUAUAACAUGUCCAGGCUGGAUAGAAUCUUUGAAGUGUCCUGGGCAAAGCAGAGCGCAAAGCCUCACACACAAGAAAUCCACUGCUGACUUCUCUCAGCAGGCUCAACUUGUCUACAUCUCCAGUGAGGUGGUGUGUCCCCUGCAAGAGAGAGGCUCGGCACUUAGUCAAAGGCCCUGCAGUUAGCUGAUCCUGCUCCUUCUCUUCAGUUCACUCAAAGAUGGAGUCCACAGUUUAAGCCACACUAUCGGCAGUGGCGUGCAUUACAAAAUGAAACCGAACAGCACUAACAAUGAGGGCUCUGCUCCUCUAGGGCCACAAAGUGGGGAGCGAUCAGAAGGUUUGCUGGACGGUGCCUUACCUGCAGAAGGAAUUGGAUGACCGUAUCAUGAGGCCUGGAACACUUUUCCAUGGUGCAAAGCAUCAAUCCUAGUGGUAGCUACGUUUCCACCACCUCCCUUAUACUUCAUAUGGGACCCAAUGGUCUUUCCUUAUUGUACCACAUUUUGUUUUACUAUUUUUCUUUCUUUUCUUUUUUUUUCUUAUCAGUUUUUUUUUCUGGUUACUUUGACUUAUUGAUUGCUUAGUUUUGUCUUUUCAGAAACUUAUGCUCAAAAUGUUAAUUUCACAAAUGGACAGCCUAUCAUGUCUAAGAACUAUUUACUUAAACUCUACUUGUCAAGCCAGUCUAGCAGUAGCAUACCUAUACUGUACCUUUUGUCAAAGGUUCCUCACCAGUCACUAUUUAGCCUUAACCCUUACUAAAUAUCUAGCCAGUUUUAUUUUAUUUUGAUGUUACUAAAAAAAAUGUGUUAAUAUUUCGACUGACACACACUGUUUUGAUAUACUUGUUUCUGCUGUUGGAGCAUUGCAAGCAUGUUUGUUUUCUGUUCACAACAAAUACAAAGUUUAAAGGACCACUAUAGGCACCCAGACCACUUCAGCUUAAUGAGGCGGUCUGGAUGCCUGGUCCAGCUAGGUCUAACCCUUUUUUCUAUAAACAUAGCAGUUUCAGAUAAACUGCUAUGUUUAUAAAUGGGUUAAUCCAGCCUCUAGUGACUGUCUCAUUGACAACCGCUAGAGGGCUUCCGCCCUUCUCACUGUGAUUUUCACAGUGAGAAGACGCCAGCCAUAGGAAAGCAUUGUGAAUGCUUUCCUAUGGACUGGCUGAAUGCGUGCGCAGCUCCUGCCACGCAUGCGCAUUCAGCGGAAGAGGAGGGGAGGAGGAGGAGAGCUCCCUGCCCGGCGCUGGAGAAAGAGGUAAGUUUAACACCUUCCUCCCCCCAGAGCCCGGCGGGAGGAGGACUCUGAGGGUGGGGCACCCUCAGGGCACUAUAGUGCCAGGAAAACAAGUAUGUUUUCUUGGCACUAUAGUGGUCCUUUAACAAAGAAAGACGUAUGAUCUCUGAUAAGCUAUGUGUAUUUAGGUGUGUAUGUUUCAAAUGUUUUAGGUAUAUUUUUUUAUAUAUACAAAAAGUCGUCAACUAACAAUGCACAUAGUUACAUUCUAUGAAUAGUUGCCAAUUCCUGGUUGAGUGAAAAUUGCAGUUUUUCUGUCCAUUGAUACAGUAACUUAGUGUUCUGUGAAAUUCGCCGAUUAGAUCUUCAUGUAGCAAACCCAUACUUAUUGUGGUUAGCUGUUUGUUCUUGUGCUUGUGGCAAGUGAUAAUCUAGAUUAAGAUAGGUUUAGGCAUGGGCGUCCGCAGGAAUUUUUCCAGGGGGGGUGGGGGAGGGGGGGCAUAAUUAUAAUGACAUCCAUGCUUGUUCCCUUUUUGACAUGAGAGGGAAGGGGCAUAGUUAUUAUCACAUAAAGCCAGGGUGAAUAGCGUUUUCACAACUAUGGUGUCAGGAAAUUAAAGGAACAUUCUGGUCACCAUAACAACUUAAUCUUAAUGAAAAUGCCAGGAAGCCCCUGGGUGCUGUCUUUCCCUUAAGGGGUUAAACCACUCUCAAAUGGUUUAACCACAAUGGCUUCCUCCAGCUCCAGGUCGCUCAGUGGUAUUCAGCUUCUGAAAACGGAGUGUCAGGAAGUGCAGAUUGACGUCAGGCCUGGGUGCUGCAGAUUGGCUAGCGUGGUCAGUUGACGCUCUAAGCCAAUCGCUAGUUCCUGGUUCAUAAAAAUGUUUUACUUUUUUAUGAAUGGGGAGUGCCAGCUGACUGCUCUAGCCAAUCAGCGACACCCCUACCCAGCGGCACUCUGUGCUUCCUGACACUCAGUAAAUAAAAGUGAACACAUUAACACUUAAUGUUUUUUUACCUGGGGAGAUGAGAAGGUCCAAGGUUUCCCUGCCAUGCCGAGGUACCAAAGCCUUAUGAUGUGGUGUCCAGAAUAAAGUGGAGGGUUCACUUCACUUGUCCUUCCUGCUCCAAUCUCCUUUUCUUCUCCUUCAUUUGACACAGUCUUCUUUUUCUUCUGACACUGUCUUCUCUCCUUGGCUCCUUCUGCUCCUUUACCUUUCUGCUUAUUUUGUGCCCUUCUGCUCCUUUCUCUUUCUGAUCCCUUUCUGCUCCUUCUCCUACUUUACCUUUGUGCUCCUUCUGUCCCUUUCUGCUCUUUGCAGACCCUUCCUGCUCCUUGCAGACCAUUCCUGCUCCUUGCUGACCCUUCCUGCUAAUUUCCGCUCCUUCUCCUACUUUACGUCUGUGCUCCUUCUGCCCCUUCCAGCUCAUUGCUGACACUUCCUGCUCCUAGAUGUCCCUUCCUGCUCAUUUCUGUUCCUUCUCCUACUUUACCUUUGUCCCUUACUGCUCCUUGCUGCCCUUUCCAGCUCCUUGCUGACCCUUUUCUGCUCCUUCUACUUUACAUUUGUGCUGCUUUACCUUCCAGCUCCUUGCUGACCCUUACUUCUUCUUGCUGACCCUUCCUGCUCAUUUCUGUUCCUUUGUGCUCCUUCUCCUACUUUACCUUGUGUGCUCCUUGCAGUCCCUUCCAGCUCCUUGCUGCCCCUUUCUGCUAAUUUCUGUUUCUUCUCCUUUCUGCUUCUUCUCUUACUUUACCUUCCUGCUCCUUGCUGACCCUUCAUAUAGGCUGUCUCCCCCCCCAUCCCUCACGUACCUGAUCUAUAGGCUGUCUUCCCUCCCAUCCCUUACUUACCUAAUCUGUAGGCUGUCUCCCCCCUCCCCCCCAUCGCUCACUUUCCUAAACUUAAGCUGCCCCCUCCAUCUCUAACUUACCUGAUGUGAGUGAGAGAUGGAGCGGGUGGGGGCCCUAAAUAAAAAUGGGGGGGACCUAUUGUACCCCUCCCGGCCCACAUUCAUGAGUGACAAUAGGUACCCCCCCUCCAUUUUCAUUUAGGACCCCCACCUGCCGUUCAUGGGUGAGGGCUGGGGAGAGGACAAUAGUCCCCGUCCCCCAUUUUCAUUUAGGGCCCCCACCCGCUGCUCAUGGGUGGGGGCCGGGGAGGAGAACAAUAGGUUCCCACCCACCGCCCAUUUUCAUUUAGGGCCUGCAGGGACUUUUUUAAUAGUGAGCAGCCACUGGCUGCUCUCUGUUUACUGAUAACUCAUGCCCACUUACCCUCUCAAAGAUCAUUAUUCACAUUUCACCCAUGAUGGACUUGCAUGGCCGAGUUGGACGAAACUGAAUGGUAGAUGAUACAGCAGAGGGGGUGGUGAGGAGGAGGAAAAUACAACUCAGCAGUGGCUGCUAGACCAGCAGAGGAAGUAGAGAAUUGGGUGGAAAGUGACAUCAAGAUGGGGGAAGUUGACAUAUAUAGGGUAUAUAUAUAGGUGACAGAUGACAUGGGAUGGAGUUUAAGCGAGACUGUGAAGAGAUGGAGACAAAAAGGGACAGAAGUAAAUAAAAGUAUAAUAUAAGGUUGAAAAAGCAAUUGGAGCAAGGUGAGAGUCCACAGUGCAUCAUGCAAAAUCACCACAAACUGACUUACCUCCCCAUUUUGCUUGGUCAGCCAUAAGGUUAAGUGAUGAGGCUCGAAGGAAUUAAGUGCGAUUUUGGAGAAGGAUCAUAGGGGAGAUUUGCCAAAUUGUGCUUCAGACUCAAGUAGUAUGUUGUAGCCAUUCACUGACCCCUAUGUAUAUAUGUCAGUCAUCAAUCUUGGCCAACGUGAUUCCUAUGUAAAUUGUUUUAUAGAAUAGUUACAUAGCUGAAAAGAGACUUGCGUCCAUCAAGUUCAGCCUUCCGCAAAUUUGUUUUUUGCUGUUGAUCCAAAAGAAGGCAAAAAAAACCAGUUUGAAGCACAAUUUUGCAACAAGCUAGGAAAAAAAUUCCUUCUUGACCCCAGAAUGGCAGUCAGAUGUAUCCUUGGAUAAAGCAGUUAUUACCCUACAUUGAAAGAUUAUAUCCUUCAAUAUUCUGUUUUUGCAAGUAUGCAUCUAGUAGCUGUUUGAACAUCUGUAUGGACUCUGAUAAAACCACUUCUUCAGGCAGAGAAUUCCACAUCCUGAUUGUUCUUACAGUAAAAAAACCUUUCCUUUGCCUUAGACGAAAUCUUCUAUCUUCCAGUCUAAACGCAUGGCUUCGUGUCCUAUGUAAAGUCUUUGUGAAUAGAUUUCCACACAAUGGUUUGUAUUGGCCCAGAAUAUAUUUGUAUAAUGUUAUCAUAUCCCCUCUCAGGCGACAUUUUUGUAAACUCAAUAGGUUUAAAUUUGUUAACCUUUCUUCAUAGCUGAUAUGUUCCAUUCCUUUUAUUAAUUUUGUAGCCCGCCUCUGCACUUUUUCUAGUGCCAUAAUAUCCUUCUUUAGAACAGGUGUCCAAAAUUGCACAGCAUAUUCAAUAUGUGGUCUUACCAGUGAUUUAUAAAGAGGCAAAAUGAUAUUCUCGUCCCGAGAAUGAAUGCCCUUUUUCAUUCAUGACAAUACCUUACUGGCCUUGGCCACUGCUGAUUGACAUUGCACAUUGUUGCAUAGUUUGUUGUCUAUAACAAUUCCCAAGUCCUUUUCGUGUGUUGUUAUCCCUAAUUCGCUUCCAUUAAGGGUAUACGUUGCUUGUGUAUUCUUUACGCCGAAGUGCAUAACUUUGCAUUUUUCCUCAUUAAAUUUCAUCUGCCAUUUGAGUGCCCAGUCCCCCGGUCUAUCUAAAUCCCUCUGAAGCAAAGUUAUAUCUUGCUCACAUUGUAUUAUUUUACAAAGUUUUGUGUCAUCUGCAAACACUGAAACAUGACUUUCAAUGCUGUCUUCAAGAUAGUGUUCUUAAGAUUGUGUUGCCAAGCUCAUUUUAUAUAGGACAAUUGAUGUAGAGGAUCCUGGUAGUUGACUAAAAAUCUAAAAACACAGCUGAAAGAGGAGAAAAAGUGAAAAAAUUAUUUUAUAUGAAUAUUUUGUUUAAGUAGAGGUAGUUGCUGCAAUCAUUCUAAUCAAUCCUAAUUUAUUUAUUUUUCUUUUUAAUUUAGGAGUAGAGCCAGAUACUUAGUAUAGCUAGUUGCUUCUUAAUACCAGUCUCUGGUUUUUAAUUAACUAUGACUUAAUAAGGUAUGGCAUUUAACUAAGUCUACGUAACAGUGCAAGUACGUGUGUUGUUAUGCAAGUUAAACUGGGUAUUGAUUGAAUGAAACUGAUCUUUCAUUGUAAAAGUCGUUACAACUUGUACAACAAGUUUCACACAAUUUCAGUACCUGUUAAUCCGGACAUUUACCAUAAAUACAAUAAGUUCCCCACUACCUUGUAACAAAAUAAGAAAUGCAAAAACCAAGCAAUGGCAAAAUAUGCCCAGAAGGAACACUGUGACUAACUUAAUAAAUUAAUUAAUUAAUGAAUACAGUAUUAUAUAUAGAAAAAAUGCCAAGAAAAUACUCACACUUUAUAGAGCUGCUUAGAGCUCUGCUGUAUCGUGCGUAAACAGUAUAAAAUGCAUUUUGGGAAAUAGGCGUAGUCUGAAAGGGUUUAUGAUCUCAAUGUCAGAUGGUAGUAAUGUGAAAAAAAGAAGAGACCCAACAGUGCAAUAUAAAAGCAAAUGGUACAUAAAAAAUCUAAAAUAUCCUACUUACAGAAUCCAGAGCAAGGACCUGUUCUGGUGGUAUGAAGCUCUAGUGGUAUAAUCUCCACCUUGGAUUUGCAGGGGGGAAAAAGGAAGCCGGUAAUAAAUAACAUAUAAUAAAAAACCUUCAAGGACUGUAUGUUAAAGUACUUUUAUUUAAACAAAACUAUUAAAACACCCAAAUAUAUUUUGUUAUGGCACCGAAAUAUGCUUAUAAGUGUUAUUGAUGCACAGUUGAUUUAUUAAUUUGUACUCCACAGGGCAAAAGUUACUUUUAAAUUCAAAGCAAUGAGGCAUUUAGUGGCCAAAAUACAUGGGACCUGAAGGCCCUAUCGUAAAAGGAAAGAGAAUUGGAAAUAUCAUGCCAUAAAAACAUUGCUGGAUUAGAAGGGAUGCAAAAUUUAAAAAAAGAUCCCCACACACUAAUCAAAAACUAAAAGUAAUAAUAUUAAACACACAUCCGCAGUAUACCACAAGCUUAAGGGCUGUUAGGUUGAGGAGUCGAAUCACUGCAGGUGAGAAGGAUUGCAAACCCAGCGCUACAAGAGGUACUAGGCAGGCACGCACAAAAGACAAGAGUCAUUUACGCCUGUGAUACAGCCAUAACAAAAUGGGAAAGGCAUACACUUUAGGCCACCUAGUCACAACACGCAGCCUUUAACAGUGAAAGGAACAACGGCCUUGCAACCAGGGUGGCCACGGGGGGCCGAUCACCGGCAUUGGUAUCCAUGAGUAUUGGUAUUACUCCUGGCACAAGACCAACCUGUUCUCUUGUAUGCCAACACGGGUAUAUGAGACCUGCUAUGCCUCUGUAUUACAAGGGAGAUCGUAAGUUCCCUGAAAAAUAUUAAAUAAAAACACUGGCUAAAGUCACAUAACACAAUCAUUACGAAAUGUAAGUUGCGUAUCUUAUAUAAUGUGGGUAACUAACACAAUAAAGAAUAUCAAGAAACUAUAAAAUAGAAUUGUACUAAAAUGACAUGACGUUUAUUAGCUAAUAAGAUUAAAAUGGCAUGUGUGAUCUGGCAACAUCGGUAACUCCUAAAUAGUAUACAAUUGUAGCAGCAUAAAUAUUGUAGCAGGCAACACUGUAUGUGUGUGUGUGUAUGUAUACACACUGUAUUUCCCAGAACAUAAAACCUAACCACAAAAUAAGCCCUAGCAUGAUUUUUCAGAAUGCUUGUAAUAUUAGCCCAAUCCCCAAAAUAAGCCCAAAUUAAAUUGUCAGCUGGAUGGAUGCAUUUAGUACAGGAAACAAUAUUUUGACGCUAUAACGUACCUACAGCUGCGACCCCUGCGACAGCGUUUGUCACUCCAGGGGGCCCGGACGCCCUGCCGACCUGACCAGGGGCCACCAGCUUAGCUUCAGGGCCGGUGCACAGUCGCACUAGCCGAGGCCCUGCAAUUGCUGAGUGACGAGCAGGAGGGGAGCACUGUGCUGUGCUGCUCCCCUCCUGCCGAUCGCUGCAGCUGACAGGAAGUGCUCAGUGAGAGAACACUUUCAGGCGGGUACUGCGGUAGCCACAAACUGAUACUGGAGGGGAGGGAGGUAAUGGGACUAAUGGUGGGGGCUAGGGGAGACGGACACAUAGAGGGGAGCUAGGGGAGAAAGAGAUUUUUGUACAUAAAUAAAUGUAGAUAUUUGUACAUGAAAAAAUAAGACAUCUGCUGAAAAUGAGCCCUAAUGUGUCUUUUGGAGCAAAAAUUUAUAUAUGACCUGGUCUUAUUUUUUGGGAAAUAUGGUAGUAAAACAGCAAUACACUAAAAGACAAACUAAACAAAAUUAGACCAGGUAAUGAUUGCUUAGCUGGCUUAAUGUGCCGAUGGGUUAAAAGGGUAAACAGUCACUUGGGCAAUUCUUCACAACGUUGGAGCAUAUGAAACCACAAAUACAUGCAGAGGGGAAUAUUGUACAAUCCAAGUAUUUCACCAAUAGUAUCGCAAAAGUGAGGUUAAUCCACCAUUACCAAGAUAAAUCCCAAGAUGAGUAUAAGCUGCAGUAAGAUAUUGUCCGAAUAACAGUGUUCAACACAUGAAGUGAACUGCUAUCAGUGUGACAAAAAUGUCUACGCAUUUUGACCUCUGUCAGACUUUUUCAAGACAAGAAUGUUGCACCAAUUGGUCUCUGGGCAUGUAUAUAGCCCCACAAUGUAUAUGACUCUAAGCAGUAUCUCUGAACAUCUUAAUUGGAGACAUGAUAUCUUUUCAAGAGAUCAUAAUAAUGGUAAUUUUGGGAUGAAUACUAAAACUAUUGUUGAACUACUGUUUAUUUAAAACCAUUGAAAACUCUUAAAACAAGAAGCAGCUGAUUGGUGGGAUACUAUCUUAUUACAAAAAUAUUUGGAUAAUGGUUUUAUCAAUAGAGGCUUAAAAUCUAAUAAACUUCCAAUCUUCUUGGAGAGGGAUUUUAAGAGGGAAGGGCUUGAAGCACAAGAUGUUUAUUACAUAACUUAAAGGACCACUAUAGUGCCAGGAAAACAUACUCGUUUUCCUGGCACUAUAGUGCCCUGAGGGUGCCCCCACCCUCAGGGUCCCCCUCCCGCCGGGCUGGAUGGCGAGGAAAGGGUUAAAUCUUACCUUUUUUUUUCCAGCGCCGGGCGGGGAGCUCUCCGCCUCCUCUUCGGCUGAAUGCGCAUGCGCGGCAGGAGCUGCGCGCGCAUUCAGCCUGUCUCAUAGUAAAGCAUUCAUAAUGCUUUCUUAUGGACGUUGUGUCUUCUCACUGUGAUUUUUCUGUGAGAAGCACGCAAACGUUUCUAGCGGCUGUCAAUGAGACAGCCACUGGAGGCUUUAGAGGCUGGAUUAACCUUAAUAUAAACAUAGCAGUUUCUGUGAAACUGCUAUGUUUAUAAAAAAAAAAAGGGUUAAUCCUAGAGAGACCUGGCACCCAGAUCACUUCAUUAAGCUGAAGUGGUCUGGGUGCCUAGAGUGGUCCUUUAAGAUGAAGAUUCUAUUACGAUAUCUAACAAGACAGAUUAACUCUCCUAGAAAUUAAAAUUGAUCAUUUAAAUCAAUCAGUAAUGAUUUUGGAUGAGGUUAAUAAAUUGGAUUGGAGAAUUGGAUUCCCAUAUCAAUAAAAAAAAAGUGAUUAUGAAAAAGAAAUUAAAACAUGCAAAAUCAAGAAAUUUGUAAAAGAUCAGGUGAUGACCUGGAAUACUGUCAAUAAUCUAUAUAUAUAUAUAAAAAAUUCAAAUUGGGUAAACAUCAGAAAGUUAUGAUACUUCAACUUCAAAAUGUUGUCCUAGAAAUCACAAUUGUGACCCUCCAUACAGAAGGAGGUAAAGUCAUAAUACUAUACAAGUCACAGCCCCAGUCGAUUGGUGGGAAUUGACAAUCAGCAGAACCUUAUAGCAUAGCAACAGUGAAGGGUUUGAAGUCUUCAGGAUUGCAUAGCCUAUUUACAAAAGGACCUAUAUACCUCUGUGGUUGGGAAUAGAGCAUAAUAUCACCUGUGUCGGGAGUAAAAAGUCCACAUGUAAUCAAUGAGAGAGAUAUUUGAUUCUUCUUUAUGUCCACCUACCCCAAAUAACCUAGAAUGCAUAUAAAUUGAUCAUGUGUGCUAGUAAUGCGGCUCUAUAACAUGCUAACAUGUUAGGUACUCCUACCCCUCCUAUCAUGACUGACAAUUGGAGCCAGCAACAACUUUGUAUCUUUUCACAUGGAAAAGUUCUGGUUAAAGAAAUCAAUCAAUGGAACAUGGUUUUGUUCAGAUAGGGCAGGGGCAAUUUCAGAUAGAUCAAAUAAUCAUUCCUCCACUCAAAUGCAAAGUAGUGUUGUAGCUGUUCAAUUUGUUGUGAAUGCAUAUUGAGAGGAAGGGCUUGGGUUUUCUUUUUAGGUACUAAGUUUAAUAAUACAUUUGAAAUGUAAUAAUAGUUUGAUAGUAGGAUAGGUACCAAAAGUUAAAACAAUGCCAAAAGGUUAAGAAGGGAAAUCUGAGUAUUAGUAAGCAUCAAAAUAAUAUAAUUUUCCAAUAAAAAAAAGGCUGUGUUCUGUGCCAUUCUCACGAACUGCCUAAUUUUUUUCCCAAGGGUUCCAGGAAAAUAAUAAAUAAGGAUAUAGUAGGCAUCCCAAUGUGUGCUAUUAAUGAGUAAUGUGAAGUAAAUCCAGAAAACUAUAGCCAAAGAGUGACUAUAUAAUACCAUACCAACUGUGAUAAAUUCAAAAGGGAAUCCAAACCUCUCCACAACUAAUUUUAUAAAUUGCCAUUAGACCUAUCAAAGACCUUCUCUGCAUGUCAGUAGAAGUAGUUCAAGAACUAAUGACAUUUAACAGACACCUAGUAUCCAACCUCUGUUGACCCUCAAUACAACGAGACUAAGUAUUGGCUCCUAAUUUUACUCUUACCCCAUGCUCAUCAGCAAACCUGGUGUUAUUCAGCAGCAAAUCUUGAGAAUUUGUGUUUACUACUCAAUCCCAUUGUACAGCGUUAUGGAAUUUGCUGGCGCUAUGUAAAUAAUAAAAUAAUAAUAAUAAUGCUGAGUUGACCCAUACAAAGUUGGGAUUUUUCACCAGAUUUGAUUUAUCACUACUUGAUUCCAAAGUAUGUGCAAUAUUGAAAUCCCAAUUUAUUGUGUAAAUCUGUAUGUAGACAGUACAACAUGGGGAAUAGAAGGCACAUAUGCACAUGGCUGUAAGUGAGAAGGCUAUAGUGAAACACAUAGCUCAAUCUUUUUUAAAUUCAUAUGUUUUAUAGUUCUCUCAUUACUUCUUCUUCCCUGACUACCACCUGUCCUUUAUUUGUACAUGUGUGCUACUGAAAGGCUUUGAAAGCUGUAAAGGUACUGAGAGCUGAUCCCUUUGUAAAUAAGCAUGCAUGAUGUUUCUUUGUGUUAAUUAUCAGAGUAAAAAUGUAGUCUGUCUAGCUCUUCGACUACAAUAUAAAAAUACAUACGUCUAUUGUGUGAUGCAGAAAAGUGUUGUGUGUUUACUGCCAGAAGUAGUAAACAAUUAAAAAUACACAAUUCCACGAAAAGGGUUAAAAAGGUGCUUUAUAAUUUAAUUAUUUUUUUUUUAUCCCUGACUAGUGAACUACUUAUUUUAUAUUUAUAUUCAGAAUAUUCCAUAUUUUUAUCUAGACUGCAUCCUAUUGUACAGAUGGAAUUAUACCUCUGCUUGGAAGAUGCUGAAAUAAAUCUGCUUUUGAUGUUUUUACCAAGGCAUUCUUCUUUUGUCUAGCUGACUUGGUCUAGUGUUUUACUAAUUGAUAUAUUGAUCUUUCAAGCAUACUUUAACAUUAACUUAGUCUGAGAAGCCUGCUUUUUUAAUUAGAAAAAGGGAUAGAUUUAAGAGAACAUUCCAGCGUUGUGUUGAAAAGUUGAUUUAGAUUCAGCCUCACUCCAUAGUUCCUUAAGAAAUCUGUUACUUGCUUCUAAUUUCGAAGCAAAAAUCUCCGCGACUAAGCUCUUCUCUUGUCCCAGGAGGUCGUCCAUAGUGAUGGCCUUCUCAGCCAAUUCAAAGCUUCUCAUAGAGAAGCAAUUGGGUCCUUUGGCACAUGUGCAGCAAUCUACACCAACAGAAUGCUUCUCCUAGGAACAUUGUUUGCUUUUCUAUCAGAAGCCCUCACAUGCGCUUUGAGUGAUUGCACAAAGCAAGUUAGGAAAGUAUUUUCACUUGAAAUCGGCACUUUAUAAAAUAAGAAAGAAGAGACAUUUAGGAAACUUUAUGGGAGUGGAGUAUUCAUUUAAGACAUGUAUUCAAGAAUGACAUGUUGAAAAUAUGGGAAUUAGAGGUAGGGAGUUAAAGGAACACUAUAGGGUCAGGAACACAACCAUGUAUUCCUGACCCUAUAGUGCAAAACCCACCAUUUAGGUGGCUUGCCCCCUUAAAAGGUAGUAAAACUCACUUUAUUUCCAGUGUUGCGCGGGUCUGGCCCCGCCCCCUUGGUGACAUCAUCAGAAUUGCAGAUUUUUAGCCAAUCCAAUUCUUUCCCAUGAGGAAAACAUCGGAUUGGAUAAAAUUGGUAAGGGGGUGGGGCCAAACACCAUUUUGGCCAAUCAGCACCUCCUCAUAGAGAUGCACUGAAUCAAUGCAUCUCUAUGAGGAAAAUUCAGCAUCUCCAUGCAGAGCGUGGAGACGCUGAAUGGCAGUGCUGUCUACUGUGCAGCACUGAACCAGGUAGCACCUCCAGUGGCCAUCUGAGGAGUGGUCACUUGGAGGUGUCCCUAGGGGCAAUGUAAACACUGCCUUUUCUCUGAACAGGCAGUGUUUGCAUAAAAAUGCCUGCAUAUGAUGAUUAUACUCACUAGAACAACUACAUUAAGCUGUAGUUGUUCUGGUGACUAUAGUGUCCCUUUAAGAACAGGAUAUUCGUGAACAACUAACCAAAUACAUGGUAUCGGUAAUCUUGGUUUUGCAUGAAAUGUAGGGUAGGUGUGAGGAGAUUUCAUAUUAAUUUCAUAGAACUGUGCAUGAGUAUUGAGUAUUGGUAAAGUGACACAAGCAUGUAUUGGAUCAUUUAGCAAUUAACCUAGACUAGCAGUUGUCAGAAUGAAAUGGAUAAUGACUUGAAAAUGAGUGUCCUUAUGGUGUCUGAUUUGCUGUAUGCAAAUUCUAGGGGAAUGUGAGUUUAGUAAAACUGGUGGUAAAUUAGCGGGUACAUUUUGAUACAUAAUAUGGUUAGAGAAGACCGUUUCAAUAAUUUGUACUAAUCAUAAAUACGGAUGACAUGUGUGGUUAAACUUGUUAAAAUGCAUGUUAAAAUAAGGCAUGGUCAUGUUUUGUGUCUCUUCAUCACAGCAGAAAUAAACACACUGAUUAUGGCCAAAGUACUGCAGAUCUGUAUAUAUUGUGAACUUAGCUUCAUUCUGGCUGUGUGCGUGCGUAGCGCAAUGUUUACACUUAUUAACAUAGGAUACUGUUUGUGUACACACUAAGGAAGUUUUCAUUAAACAGUGUUGAUAACCAUUUCUCUCCAUUCACCCUCUGCUUGAAGGGCAGCAGGGCCGUCUGGGAAAGUCAAAGUGCAGUUCUGUGUUUGCUCUGCUAAACCAACAAUUAUUAAAUGUGAAAUUAUCUGUGUUUGGUCUUUGCUGCCAAAUGAUAAAACAGGACAUUUAACUGCCGUUUACACCGAGGCAACCUUCCAAAAGGUAGCAUGUUCCAUUAUAAACUGCCUUAUUACAGUCAAAUUUAGUGUGUUGAUUGUCCUUCAUAUCAUUCAUUUUCUAUUCAUGUAUACAAGUUUAUAUAUUUUACUUUUUAAUUUUGUUUUGUUAGAUCUUUUUUCAUGGUUUAAUACUAUUUUUUUAUUUAAAUAAAAAAGUUAGAUAUAUAAAUUUGUAUAAUCUGAAUUUAGUACCUGGAAAAAAAAUAAAUGAAUUUCUACUUAUAUUUAAAAGGACCCUCUAAGCACAUGACAACUUUGUGUAAUUGCAUAGGUUGUAAUGCAGAUAGUGAUUCCUGCUCAGAAUGGAUAAUAACUACAGAGUUUUAUAAUAGCACUGUCCUUGGAUCAACACUGUAAAAAGGAUGCAUGCAACUUCCUCCUUUACCAAGAUCCAUUCAUUGUUGACAGAGCCUAAUACAGAACUGUGUAUGGAGUAAGGCCUUAGAUUGCUAUUUUUGAAUAAGCUUUUCCAUACUACCCAACAAUCGGGCAGGGAUAAAAUUGGAAUGAGUGAUUGGGCUCUGAGGGGCAUCGCCAGUUACAUGACCGCUGCGUCACUAGUGACACCCAUAAGAGUCAAGUCCGCUCAGAAAAGGGGCAGUCGACGGGCCCUGCAUGGUCCUAGUGCCCUCUGCACAGCAUCUAAUGAUGUGCUUGCGCUGUGCUUGCUGGCAGCGCACAUUUCCUUGGUGUCCCACAUCUAAAGUAGGAUGGCAGGACAGGCCCUUAAAAUAAGGACUGUACUGUUGGGAGGCUUGCUUUUCAAACGAUUCAAUAUAUUUGGAUAAACUUUUUUUUUAAUUAUUAUUACAAAAUAAAUGUAAAAAAAUGUUAACUUAAAAAUAAAAUAAAAGUAUUGCAAAAUUAAAAUAUUUUUCAUAAUAUGAAAACACUUUAAAAGUUUAUCCAAAAAUCCUUGUUGCUUGUUAACUCCCUUCUCCUGAUUCUCAAUGUUUUACCACCUUGGAGCGACGGGGACCUGGGGGUCCUGCCAAGUCACUCCUUUCUGUAAUCCUUCUUUGACAAUGCUACAAUAUAAAAACCUUAAAUACCUUAAAAGUGUAUCCAGAAAUAUGAAAUAAUAUGAAAAAUUUAUAGAUUAUUUUAUUUAUUUUUUGUUUUGAUUUUUUUUUAUGCAUUAGCGAUGCACAAUUCUGACUGUUGUUGAUAAAGAAACUUUCUGCUAAAAAUAAAGCCGUACAUCUUUACAUGCUCAAGUUUGUUCUAAAGUGGUAAUUUCUUAUAUUCAUUCUUUAAAAUAAAGAAUCCUUACUGCAUCGUGUUAUACACAUUCCUUGUUAUUCUUGUACAGCUAUUUUUAUUGCAUGUAUUUAUACAGCUUAAGCGUGACUCAUUAUUUACUCAUUAGGAGGGGCAUGCUUACACCUCAUGUUAGUAGUUAAUAUUUGUGCAUCAGACAUUGGAGACAAGCAAUGUUAUGUAUAAAUGGAAAAUCAUAUUUUAUUACCAUUCCUGUUACGAAGUGCAUUACAUAAAAAUAAAGUAAAAAUAUAUAUACUUGCCUUUAUUUUUACUUCUUUAGCAGCAAAUCAGUAUUUGUGGAAUUUACCAGUAGGAUUCUGGAGAUUCCUUUUCCCAUACCUCCAAACUGUCCCUAUUUAGAAGGAACAGUCCCUAUUUUGGGCCCAAAUCACUCUGUCCCUCUUUUCUUGGAGCUAAAUAUUUUUGUUGUGUCUGAGUGUAUAACCGAGCUCAGCAGAAAUAACAUUGACAUUAAUGUGUCUUUGAACUACAAUAAAUGUGUUCAGAAAUCAGUCUGUGUAAAUAAGGUAUAUUGUUCUUACUCUACUGUGUCUAUUUGGAAGGUUAGAACACCUGCUGUGAACAUUGUAAUUGUUAUUGUUUUAUCACUCAGCAUCAAAAGGUUCAUUUCCUUUGUGCAGGCCUACUUUUUUCUUUAUAUAAUGCCAGCAAAGGCAAUUUAAUUAAUUGCAGAAACUUGUUUCCAUAUUUUAUCUUUGCGGUCAUCAUAUAAAAUGAUACCAUCUAUAACUGUAAAGCUGGCUGCCCACACAUGGUUUUUUUUUUAUGACACAUGGUCCAUGAUGCAUAUUGGAAUCGCCCACAGCCAAGCAACAGCUUGCUUUCUAGAACUGACUCCAUAACAUUACAAGAGUAAUGUCUGCAUGCAAAACCCACUUAAAUUAAUUCAUUCUUGAUCAUUGCAAACCUUUUCUAUGUAGCCUUUAUCGUAUCUGGAUGGCAAUGAUGGCCAAGCACAGCUGUAUAUUGGACAGAAUUGACUCUUAUCUGAAGUUCUCAAAUACCAUUAACAGACAUGGUUUUAAAUCUAUCCAUGAUUGAAUCAGUCAUUCUCCUGUCUAUAUUUAAUUGGAUCUGUACUUAAAGGGACACUAUAGUCACCAAAACAACUUUAGCUUAAUGAAGCGGUUUUAUUGUAUAGAUCAUGCCUCUGAAAUCUCAAUGCUCCAUUAUCUGCCAUUUAGGAAUUAAAUCACUUUUGUCUCAUGCAGCCCUUGUUACACAUCCCAUGGCUGUGACUGACAGACUGCCUCGAAAAAUAAUAAUUCCAUUUUCAUUCAGAUGUAACUUACUGCAGAAGUGUUUAUCUCUUGCUCUAUACAUUUAACUUAAACCCCUUAAGGACACAUGACGGAUAUAUUCUUUCAUGAUUCCCUUUUAUUCCAGAAGUUGUGUCCUCAAGGUGUUUUAAUCACACACAGGAGGCUCCUGCAAGGUCUAACAAGCUUUUAACAGAGCAGGAGAUAAGAAGUUCUAAAUUAAACCGAAAUUUGCAAUAAAGAAAGUGUAAACGUUAGAUCUCACUUUACAGGAAGUGUUUAGGAAGGCUGUAUAAGACACAUGCAGAGGUGUGAAUAGGGCUGCAUAAACAAAGUGAUUUAACUCAUAAAUGGCAGCGAAUUGAGCAGUGAGACUGCAGGGACAUCUAUACAUCUAUACACCAAAACUAUUUCAUCAUGCUAAAGUUGUUUUAGUGACUUGACUGUCCCUUUAAGAACUUGGUCAGCUUUGUGUGAUUAAACCCAUCCUCGUAAUUAUUAUAUGAGAUAUAAUAUUGUAACUUAGCUAGUUAUAAGUAAUCUAUUGUAUUUAGUCUUAUGAUGUCAUUCUGCAUGCAUUAAGUUCUGUACAGAAACAUCACAUGGUAGGAAAAUUCACCAGACAGUGCACAGUUAUUAAUUAUUGUAUAUUUUCUGUACAGGUGUGACACACGCAUCAAUAUGGGCAGCUUGCAUCUCCUAUCUCAGUGCAGCAGUUCCACCUGCAUUACGGACCUCUGCUCAGGGCAUCCUGCAGGGACUUCAUCUUGGACUGGGCAGAGGGUGUGGUGCUAUGAUUGGAGGGAUAUUUGUCAGCUAUUUUGGUAAGUCUUUAGUAUUUUUGUGUGUUUAGUAGAUACACCCUAGUGAAAACAUGCAUGUAUUUAACCAUGCUUUUUUUCAUUGAGGGUAAAGAAGAAGAAAAAAAAAACUUGCAAAAGCUGUAGAUCUCUUGUCUAACCAAGAUCACCCUUCUAACCCUGCCCAGACUUUAUGUGGCUGUCCAAUCACAGACUUCAAUGCAGCUCAAUAAGAAGUCAUUGCAAGGCAGGUGCUUUGAGCAAUUGCCUGUCUCUUGAGUUUCACUCCACUGAGUUAAAUAACCAGGAAGUAACAGGACCGUUUGUCUGAUUGAUGAGUGGGGGUGUAACCAGGUUAAUUUAUAAAAUUGUGAAUUUCUAUUGAAGUCUGCACUCUUUGUAAAAUAAAAAAAAGAGAACACACUCUUUGCACAUAAAGCACCUUAACAAGCUGAAGUGCUUUAAGUGUCCCUUUAAGACAACAUCUGCGAGAGGUAAUGACUUAUUUAACAGGAGGGAAGGUGGCCAGGGACCUAGAUGUGUUUUUACAACUAUAGUUACAAAAAUGUAGAUAGGAGCUGCACUCAAUCCCAGCGAGCAGUCUGUGCACUGGACCAGGACCAGCAAUCACACAAAGAUAAGGCAACAAAAAGAAGAUCUCCAGGCACUCAGGGUGUUCACACCGCAGGCAGGUUUAAUGGUACAAAAAAGAACAGCAACGUUUCAACCUGCCAAGAGGUCUUUGUCGAGCAUGUUUGUAUUCAUGACACUAUAGUGUUCCUUUAAAUAUAGAGACGUAUCCAAUGGGCAGCUAUUCAAUAGUAAAACAAAUAUAAUCCACACACAAAAAAAUGCAACAAUGUUAAAGGGACACUAUAGUCACCAAAAUUACAUUAGCUUAAUGAAGCAGUUUUGGUAUAUAGAUCAUGCCCCUGCAGUCUCACAUCUCAUUUCUCUGUUGUUUAGAAGUUAAAUCACUUUGUUUUUGCAGCCCUAGGCAUACCUCCCUGCAUGUGACUUACACAGCCUACCUAAAUACUUCCUGUAAAGAGUCAUCUAAUGUUUGCACUUCCUUUUUUUGCUUAUUCUGUUUAAUUUAGAAUAUCUUAUCUCCUGCUGUAUUAAUAGGUUUCUAGACCCAGCAGGAGCCUCCUGUGUGUAAUUUAAGUUCACUUUACAAAGCAGGAGAUAAAAUCGUUUAAAGUAAGUUUGAUAAUCAUAAACAAACGUGAUUUAACUCCUAAAUGGCAGUGUGUUGAGCAGUGAAAUUGCAGAGGUAUGUUCUAUACACCAAAACUGCUUCAUUAAGCUAAAGUUGUAUUGGUGACUAUAGUGUCCCUUUAAGUAGCUUAUAAAUAGCAGAUGCUUUUCUGUGCACCAGCAAUUACAAUCAAGGUAAAAAAAAAUCAUAUUAAAAUUCACCAGAAAAACCUGGAGCUUGGAAUACAACAGCUUGAUAAAAUACUUGUAGAUGAUAAUUACUCUGCAUUAUUACUCUUGGAUUAAGAUUGAAUCAGCUUUGCAAAGAACAAGUUACCUCCACAGUGUCUAAAGAGUAAUGAUUUCAUGCCCAUACUCAGAUAAAAGCAUACAGUUUUAUUUAUUGACAUUAAAAAUAAAUAUAAGAAAUAGCUCAUCAUUUCUUUCUACUAGCUAGGCCUUCCUAUUAUUUUCCAAAAGAGUGAGUAAGAAUCAAUUUAUCGUGAUAAUGCAUUGUAUGCAUUGAAAAGUUAGAGCAUUGAACACAUACCCGUAAAAAGGCUGCGUUGUGCUAAUGCAUGACUAGCACAUACACAAAGGGAUAAGAGAGGAGAGGUUUCCAAUACACAAGGAACUGCACUCCAUCCCAUCACUCUGAGCCAGGGUGCAACCAAACCAGGACUCAGCACCAGGUCCCAAAUACAAUAUGAAUAAAGCACAAAGAGGUUUAGGCACUCCAGGGUUCAGAAACAGCAGUUUAUUGAAGCCUAAUGUCACAGGAGAGGUCACCAGCCACUGGAAGACAUAACACUAUUUACAUAGACAGCCUUUCUAACUAUAAAAAGCAAAGCAAAAAAGUUACUUGUGCACUAUCCCAAAUCCCCCAUGCACACCUAAAUUACUGGAGGUUUUCUAGCACCACUCCAAUGGCCAUUUAAGUUCAAGCUCGCCUGCCACAUCAAAGCAAAACCUUCUAGGUGAGUCCUUCACUAACAAUUCCCCAUGCUAAAAGGUCAAAUAUCUAAUGAGAUAGAAAUAGGUAUUUUGCUAGACCCCUAAACACGUAUUAAUCCUUAAUGGGGAACACAUGGGGUGGGUGGCAGCACUGUAACAUGGCUGUGUAGUACAAAAGCAAAUACAAACAUACAAAAUUAAGCCAUGCGCUCAAACUCUCACUAGUCCUGGGUGGCAGCAAUGACUAUAGCUCUCAUUAGAGGACUAGUAUGAGCUAAGGAUAGCAAAGUGAAUUGUUCAUGUAGGACUCACCUAGGAAGUUUGCAUUGACUUGGCAGGGAAGCUUACAUCUAAUGGCCAUUGUCCACUAAAAAACCUCCAGUUAUUUAAAUAUUCUUAGGGAUUUGGGAUAAUGCGCAAGUAACUCUUUUCUUUGUUUUUUAUUUUAUGUAUUGGGGCUGGUGUGUACUACGGUCAUUGCUGCUUCCCAGGAGUUGUGGGAGUUUGAGCGCAACACAAAUUUGUUGUAUUUAUACACUGAGCAAAAUUAUAAACGCAACACUUUUGUUUUUGCCCCCAUUUUUCAUGAACUGAACUCAAAGAUUUUUCUAUGUACACAAAAGGCCCAUUUCUCUCAAAUAUUGUUCACAAAUCUGUCUAAAUCUGUGUUAGUGAGCACUGUGGUGACAUGUCCGGUGAGUAUGCUGGCCAUGCAAGAGCUGGGAUGUUUUCAGCUUUUCAGGAAUUGUAUACAGAUCCUUGCAACAUGGGGCCGUGCAUUAUCAUGCUGCAGCAUGAGAUGAUGGUUGUGAAUGAAUGGCACAACAAUGGGCCUCAGGAUCUCGUCACAGUUUCUCUGCGCAUUCAAAAUGCCAUCAAUAAAAUACACCUAUGUUUUCCAAAACAUAUGCCUGCCCAUACCAUAACCCCACUGCCACCAUGGGCCACUGGAUCCACAACAUUGACAUCAGCAAACACGAUACACUCCGUCUGCCAUCUUCCCUGUACAGUGAAAACCGGGAUUCAUCCUUGAAAAGAACACCUUUUCAAAGUGCCAGACACCAUCGAAUGCGAGCAUUUGCCCACUCAUGUCGGUUACCAUGAGGAACUGCACUCAGGUCGAGACCUCGAUGAGGACGGCGAGCAUGCAGAUGAGCUUCCUUGACAGUUUGUGCAGAAAUUCUUUGGAUUGCAGCAGUUGUCCGGGUGGCUGGUCUCAGACGAUCUUGGAGGUGAAUAUGCUGGUUGUGGAGGUCCUGGGCUGGUGUAGUUACACGUGAUCUACAGUUGUGAGGCCGGUUGGAUGUACUGCCAAAUUCUCUGAAACGCCUUUGGAGACGGCUUAUGGUAGAGAAAUGAACAUUCAAUUUACGGGCAACAGCUCUGGUGGACAUUCCUGCAGUCAGCAUGCCAAUUGCAUGCUCCCUCAAAACUUGCGACAUCUGUGGCAUUGUGCUGUGUGAUAAAACUGCACAUUUUAGAGUCGUCUUUUAGUGUGGCCAGCCUAAGGUUCAGUGUUGCGUUUACAAUUUUGUUUAGUGUAUUUGCUUUUGUAACACAUAGCCAUGUUACAAUACUGUCGCCCAACCCAUGUGUUCCCGUUUAAAGGUUAAUAAGUAUGUAGGGCUUUAGAAAAAUACCCCUCUCUGUCUCAUUAAAGGACCACUCUAGGCACCCAGACGACUUCAGCUUAAUGAAGUGGUCUGGGUGCCUGGUCCAGCUAGGGUUAACCCAUUUUUUAAUAAACAUAGAAGUUUCAGAGAAACUGCUAUGUUUAUAAAUGGGUUAAUCCAGCCCUCAAAGCCUCUAGUAGCUGUCUCAUUGACAGCCACUAGAGGCGCUUGCGUGAUUCUCACUGUGAAAAUCACAGUGAGAACACGCAAGCGUCCAUAGGAAAGCAUUGUAAAUGCUUUCCUAUGAGACUGGCUGAAUGUGCGCGCAGCUCUUGCCGCGCGUGCGCAUUCAGCCGAAUGGGAGGAUCGGAGAGCUCCCUGCCCAGCGCUGGAAUAAAGGUAAGUUUUACCUCUUUUCUCUCCCCAGAGCCGGGCGGGAGUGGGACCCUGAGGGUGGGGGCACCCUCAGGGCACUAUAGUGGUCCUUUAAAGAAUUGUCUACCUGAAGCUGAAAGAAGGAAGGUGAAUUGUUAGUGUAGGACUCCCCUAAGAGGUUUGCCUUGGCGUGGCAGGUGUGCUUACCCUUAAAUGAAAAAUCGCCAGUUAUUUAAAUGUGCAUAGUGAUUUGGGAUAGUGACUCUUUUCUUUGGUUUUGAUGGUUACCAAUGGCCCUUUAUUUUAGAUUGCUGUUGGUUUGGUUUUGUGCAAGAAUUACAGCUCUCCUUACUUGUGCACUAGCUGCAGUUGCAAAACUAGUCACUGUGAAAUUUAAAUUCCAUGUGUGUAUAAUAUUAUAUACUGGCUCUUAGCAUCCAUUGCAUUGAAAAAUCAUAAUGUAAAAAAAGAACCAUGCUUAUUUUGUGAUGUUGACCCAGUGUGACUGAGGCGGGACCGCUGUCUGUUUGUGAAUUGCUGUAUUAUAUAUGUUCUGUAUUAUAUAUGUUCUGUUCCUUGUGCUUUUCGUAUAAAUGUGCCUGCUCCCCGUUCAGAAGGGCCUACACGAAGGGAAUGCAUUCCCCUCCCGAAUGGGGACCACCCCGGCAACUCACUUAGAAUGUUGCUUUAGAACAUUCGCACCUCGUAAUGAGGUGUCAAAGCCACAAACCGCAAGGGAAGCCUCGGUGUGUGCCUCCACUGGGUGGUGGCCCGUUCGUUAUAUGAACGCCGUCCAGGGGGAGCAUUCGAGGAUUGCUUCCCACCUCGUUCUGUUGCCAAACGAGAACCUCCCCAGUGCCCCUUGGAAUGUUCACACCAAUCAAUUAGAACGUUGGCAACUUGCAACAUAAGUGUGAAACCGCAAGGGAAGUAAUAAAUGAGUGCUCUCCUGGGUGGCCGCCGUUCGUAUAGACGGGCGGUGGCCAGGGGGAGCAUCCGUGUCCCAAAAGGAGACGCUUCCCUUGCCUCGUUUCACCCAGGGACCCCACGAACAGAGGCUGCUCGUGGCGGUCACCGUUCUGGGAACCCUGAGAUUGGUGGGGACACUCUUUAGGGACAAUGGCGGUUUGGCAGGCUUUCUGUGACUGGGAGUCCAGGAGGCUGGAAGCUUUCCUGCGCUGGGGCUCCCCGGUACAGAGGCUCACCGGAUAAAGUCCCCGGAGGCGGAAACCCUGAGGAUGGGUGGCGGGAACAGGGGACAAAGUGACUAGAGUACCGUUUCCAUCAGGAGACCCCUGGGAGGGCGGGGGGCUCUGGGAGGGGACACUGAGUGGCGGGAACAGUGGACAAAGGGACUGGGGUUCCAUUAUGCGAGGACCCUGGGAGGGCUCAUUGGCUUUCUGUGUGAUCCACCCCUUGCAUGGGGAAAAGUAUAAAGCCGCAUGUGGCCAGUAAAGUUGUUGUUGUAACCCCAGGACUGUGUGGGAAAUGGGUCUCUCUGUAUUCUAACUGACUCCCUUCUGGGGAAGGACAUGGCUGAGCAGGGGCAGCCAAUCGGGUUGCUAGGAGGCCCGCUACAAUAACGUCUUAGUGACUUAGAUUUCUGUUUCAUUUUUAGGUGCUGCAGAAACAUUCCGGGGGGUCGGAAUGGCAUCUCUUGUCAUUCUACUGCUCUUUGCUCUCAUUCAAUGGGUGGCAGUUCCAGAGAAAGGUGAAGGUACUGUGUGUAUUUCAGUGUUAUCAAAAUGUGUGAAGUUAAACUGAGUGUGGAUUCUGUGUUCUUAAAAGUUAUAAAUAUCUAUGUUCUGAUGCUCAUGUCUCCUCGUGGUGGACAGGGGUAAUCAUGGUCUCUCUUGCCAGUCUCAACAAUUUGAGCUACAGUAGGUCUUCUGUGUGAUUGGCUUCCCACGUGCAUUAAUGAGCCUUGGGGGACCAUGACCAUGGUUAUCCUUCUUUGUGCCAUGUUUGGUAGGUAUUAACCACUGUAUACCAGGACUAUCCCCACAAGACUUGCUAUUUUGGAGAUUCUUUGAUCUAGCCAUCACUACUUGGCCCUUGUCAUUGCUACUCAAAUCAUCAUCAUGAAAACAUGAAAGUGAAGAGCUGACUGUUCACUUGCUGCUUAAUAUGACCCCCUUGACAUUGUAAAGAUAUAGUGAGUGUUAUUCACGUCACCUGUCAGUGGUGUUGUGGCUGGUCCGUGUAGACCCAGGGUCAACAACCUAUGGCACACAAGGUGGCUUUGCACAGCACGCCAGGCUGGCAGACCCACACAGGCUGGGGAGAUCCUCAGAUCUUCCCUGGAGCUGGCCUACCAGGUCCCCCAGUGGAACUUCUUCAGAUAUGUGCUAGUGCCAAACAAACGUUUGGAACUAGUGGUAAUUGCAGCAGGUGGAGCAAUCCUCAAAUUACUCAGUGCACUGCAACCUCAGCCCUUUGCUUGUACCUGGCUAGUCUGGUACCCACUGGCCCCCAGGGCAGCCACCGACAUAGCCAGACAAACAGAUACAGCUGCGGAAGAAGGAUCCCCUUUAUACAAAUAACACAAACAGCCCUUAAACAAACAACCCCUCUGCUGCAACACUGGUACAUAACACAAGCAAAAUACAACAACAUACAAAUAGGACCAGCAUUUCAAGGGACAUCAAAGUCUUGUUUUGGCACAGUGCUGCUGUAGACUGUGGUUUACAUGAUGCUAAGCUAGGCGAUUAACUGUCUUUUCUGUGUUCUGAUGCACACCCACUCAUCCCUAGCUUCCUGGUGCCUCAUUAUGACAUCAUAUAUGACAUGGAACCCUCCUAUCGGUCUCCUUUUAUAAUGUCAGUCUUUGUGGUGCUUUUUGAUGAUGUAUAACCAAUCACAACCCAGUACAGAAUAUAAACUUCCUGGUUAUCCUAGUUGUCUAGCCCGGCCACUCUAAGGGCCGAUAUGCAUACCUUCCAUGCAUAUAUCUAAAGGAGCACUAUAGGGUCAGGAACACAAACAUGUAUUCCUGACCCUAUAGGGUUGAAACCACCAUCUAGCCCCCCUGUCCGCCUCAUGUCUCCCUAAAAAUAGUAAAAUCUUACUUGUAUUCAAGCCUGAAGCUGCAGGCUUUGUCACUGUUUCCUUUUGACCUGCCCGCUGCCUGCUGACAUCAGCAGAAGUGGUAGCCUGAUCCAAUCACAAUGCUUCCCCAUAGGAUUGGCUGAGAUUUACAAAGAGGCAGAUCAGGGGCAGAGCCAGCACAAUUCAAACACAGCCCUGGCCAAUCAGCAUCUCCUCAUAGAGAUGAAUUUAAUCAAUGCAUCUCUAUGAGGAAAGUUCAGUUUCUGCAUGCAGAGGGAGGAAACACUGAAUGUUUGGAUGCAUUUUAGGCAGCCAUGACCCAGGAAGAAUCUCUAACAGCUAUCUGAGGAGUGGCCAGUGAAGUUAUCACUAGGCUGUAAUGUAAACACUGCAUUUUCUCUGAAAAGACAGUAUUUACAGCAAAAAGCCUUAAUGUAAUGAUUCUACUCACCAGAACAAAUUCAAUAAGCUGUAGUUGUUCUGGUAACUAUAGUGUCCCUUAAUUUUGUGUGUUAGGGUCAUGCCAAUCCUAACAUUAGAUCGUAAUGUGAAUCCUCGUACACAGCUAGAGUGCCUAGGGCCGCCAUCAGGGGGUGACAACCAUGACGGUUGUCACGGGCCUGGCGGCCCUGGGGGGCCCGGCCGCCUGAGCCCCACGUGUAGCGGCGAAACUGCAGUUGCACCGGGGCCGCACGCUGUUGGGGCCCAUUGGGUGGCCCAAGCACUUAGGGCCACCCGAUGGGCCCUGUGUCUUCAGGGGCCCGGUCAGCGCUGCGGCCGUGCAAUUGCGCGACCGGGCCCCUUUUUAAAAAUCUCAGCCGCAAAGUACUGCUGGGAGGAAGUGGCCGUCACUCCGUGCCGCGCGGGAGGGAAGAAAGCCAGGCCGCGGGAGCCACGCUGACUCCCAUCAGCCACAGCCUUCCACCUGCAAAAAAGGUAAGCAAAAUUAGCUGUAUGUUAGUAUGUAUUUAUGUAUGUUAAUAUGUAUGUAUGUAUGUUAAUAUGUAUGUUUAUAUGUUAAUAUAUAUGUCUGUAUGUUAAUAUGUAUGCAUGUUAAUAUGUAUGUCAGUAUGUGUGUGUGUGUGUGUGUGUGUGUAUGUAUGUAAUAUGUGUCAGUAUGUAUGUAUGUGUGUGUGUCUAUCAGUAUGUAUGUAUGUUAAUAUGUAUGUGUGUGUCAGUAUGUAUGUAUGUCAGUAUGUAUGUUUGUGUGUGUCAGUAUGUCAGUAUGUAUGUUUGUAUGUAUGUCUGUGUGUGUAAGUCAGUAUGUGUAUGUAUGCAUGUCUGUCUGUGUGUAUUUCAAUAUGUAUGUAUAUGUUUGUGUCUGUCUGUCUGUUUGUGUGUGUGUGUAUUUAUGUCCUUAUGCGUGUGUGUGCAGUGUGCAUAAGAAUUAGUUCAUAUUGUUUAUUGUCCGGCCCCCAACAGUGUCUGAGGGACCAUGAACUGGCCCCCUGUUUAAAAUGUUUGAGGACCCCUGUCAUUAUGUAUGUAUGUAUGCAUGUAUGUCAGUAUGAAUGUAUGUUUGCAUGUCAUUAUGAACAUAUGUCUGUGUGUAUGUGUGAAUGGAUGUCAGUAUGUAUGAAUGUAUGUAUGUAUGUCUGUAUAUAUGCCAGUAUGAAUGUAUACCAUUAUGAAUGUAUGUGUGUGUGGAUGUCAGCGUCUGUAUGUCUGUGUGUAUGAAUGUAUGUCUGUGUGUAUGUAUGUCGGUGUAUGUAUGGGUAUGCCCUCAUGCAUGUGUCUGCCACUAUGUAUGCCUGUGUGUCUGUAUAUAUGUGUAUGUCUGUUUUAGUAUGUGUGUCUGUUAGUAUCUAUAUGUGUCCUUUUGUAUCAGUGUGUUUUUGUGUCUGUGUGUGUAUUCCUGUGGGCGGGAUUUGGGGGCGGACCCUGUGGGCGGGAUUGGAGGCGGGCCUCAGGGGGCCCAGACCCUGAACUGAGUUAGGGGCCCCAAAAUUUCUGGUGGCGGCCCUGAGAGUGCCUAUGAGAUGAAGAUAAAAAACAUGGAGUAUAUAGCUAGGGCUUUAAAAUAUAGGAAGAGAGGUGAGAACUCUGAAUCCUGGGUUCAUGUCAAACUCCUGUUUUCAUAAGUGUUCUCAAAUAGAAACAUAGGCACCUUAUUUGUUAGAGAACUCGCCUGCUCCGUAAACUAAGCAGGUCUUCAUAGUUUUCUGCAAGCCACAAGGUCAGGACCAUCUUUAACAUUAAAUGGCCAAUAGAAAGCCUUUAUGUUUACCCUCCUUAUCACCUCUUUCCUAUGAUACACCAGCUCCCCAACAUUUGUGUCCCUUCUCUAUUACCAUUUCUUGUGCAAAGCAGCUAUUUGAUUUCCACUGCUACAUAGACUUUACUGCAAACAACAAAGAAAGUAGUUAAACAACAAAGUUCCCAUGAAGGCACUGUGCCUGUCAAGAUACUGGCAGUGUUCCAUUCCCAAAAAUAUAUUUCUGGAUGCCAUCCAGCUCAUUGUGGUUGCAGGAAUGGCCAACUGCACACAAAAAAUAAAUUUUAUCAAAUAAAAAUUGAAAAUUGUUUCUGUACAUUAGUUAGCCAUUACCUGAAUCAGACAUGGCCAUCCACCUCUUCUGGGUUCUGUUAUAAAAACAUGUAAAUGAUACUGCAGGCAUGAUGAAAAAGUUUGUGUCUAGGCAAUAUUUAAUUUUAAUAGAUUUAGCAGCAACCACAUUACUCUUUUGCUUAAUAAAUCAAACGUUUUCUCUCUGGCACUGUAAGUAUCCUGAUCAUUAGAUGAACAUUCUGAGUUGAUUAACCAUGGCAUUUGUGUUUUGCUGAUAUCUUGCUUUUGUUGCAGAUGAAACCAUGCUAGCAGAGAGAAUUCCUGUUCCCUCAAGCCCUGUUCCCAUAGCAACUAUCGACCUGGUGCCCCAGCACCCUGAGAACAUGAUGCCCAUCCAACGCAAGCUUCCAUCAAAAAAAACAAAGCACCAAGAGGAACAGGAAGAUGUGAACAGACCAGCCUGGGGAAUAAGCUCUUCACCAUGGGUCACCCUCGCAUUCGCCUGUUACCAGAUUAAAGAAAUGGUUAAACUUUCCAAAAACAAUCAGGCCUCCGAAAAUCAGCCUUUGCAGGUAAACUUGCAUAAACAUUGAGGUGAAUGGUGUCCGUAUAGUAUGAGCAGAAAGUAAAUACAGUACAUUCAAGGAAAUUAGAUUAGAAAGAUUUAAAGCAAUACUCAAAGCACCAUAACUAUUUCAGCCCACUGCAUUGGUUAUGGCGCCUAUAGUGCCCUAGCUGCCUCCUGGGAUAAGUUGUAAAAAGUUUGAUAUAUUACCUGAGGUUUUUGGAAUCCUGAUCACCUCUUCCAGUGGCGCUCGAACCUCUUACAAGUAGCUUCAUCUAGCUCCAGUGAGCCAAGUCCUGCACCACAGGUAGUUUUAUUACUUACCCUGUGUUCCUUUAGAAGUCGGUGACAAUUAUUCACUAAAGAUCAAGUUGCUGUUAGUGUGCAAGCAAGCUUAAAAAAAAAAAACCUCCAAUUUGACAACUCACUAAAUGCAAUUCUAUUCUAAUUUCAACUGGGUCAGAAUUAGAAUGCAAGGCCCUGUUGCAUAUAGCUUGGUUUAAAAUAUAACCUAAAUUGCAAAAAAAAUUAAUUCAUGUACAUGAUGCGAUCAGUCUUAUAUUUUGUAAUAGUUUAGUAUUUACCCCCAGAACAACUCAUACCAAUUUACAUCAGCUGGUAAUAAUUACCUCUGGGAUGUUGCUCGAACUUGUCUUUAAUAUAUAGGUGACAACUUGAAUCUAAAUGAAUAAUAGUUUGUAUUUUAAGUUCACAUUUGUUUAAAUGUUCAGAUUAUUCUACAGAUAGUGUUAAUAGAUUUAAGUCUAACUGCUGCAAAACAAGUGUAUCAUCACAUAAACCACAUCCCGUCUUAGGCUUCUGUUAUGUCACUAGGUAGUUACAUAGGCUAAAAAUAGACUAACAUCCAUCAAGUUCAGCCUUUCUCACAAUUGGUUUUUGCUGUUGAUCCAAAAGAAGGCAAAAAAACAAACAGUUUGAAAAUGGGUUGAAAAUGCAGAUUUGUCACCUUCCUUGCUUGACCAACAGGUUUUAUUGUCCCGAACGCAACCUACUUCAGUAGUGUGUGUGACAUAGUUGUGGUGGUGAAAGGGUUAAAGUUCACUAUUUGUCUGCACUAGACCGCAAAUAAUGACAAAAAUGCCCCUUAACCCCUUCAGGACGGGUGACGGACGAGGUCCGUCACACGGGGGAGACCCUUAACGACGGGUGACGGACCUCGUCCGUCACGCGGUAAAAUUAACCCCGGAUCGCCGCUAUCGCGGCGAUCGCGGGGUUAAUGGUGCUCCCGGUAUGCCUCUGCAUUGGAGGCAUACCGGGAGCACCCGGUCAGUCUGCCCAGCACAUGUGCUCGCUCUGACCGCAAGUCAGCGAGCACAUGUGCUCUGUAUACUCACCUACCGGCUCCCUGCACUUCCGGGUUCUGUGUGAAGUGCAGGGAGCCGGAUCAGUGAUGAUCCUGCCCCCUGCUGUUAAAAAAAAUAAAGUUUAUUUAAAGUGUCCCCCCCCUUACCCAUUUUAAUAAAAAAUUAACCCAUUCCCUGCCAAUUGAUCACUGACUACAGUGAUCAAUUGGCAGGGAUUACAUUUUACUAUGAUCUGAUUUUUUUUUUUAACCCCUGAGGGUUAAUUCAACCCUCAGGGGGUAAAUUAAUUAAAUUAAUUAAUUAAAUUAUUUUUAAAUUAUAUAUUUAGAUAGCUGGGGUGGGUGGAAGUUAGUGGGGAAUUGGGGGAUUUGGCGUUAGGCUAACUAGGGGUUAACGUUAAAAAAGUUUUAAAAGAAACUUUAAAAAGUUAAAAAUUAAGCUUAAAAAAAUGUUUUAAUAACAUUUAAGUAAAAAAAACAAAAAAAACACACUUUACCUAGUCCAAAUAAAAAUUAACCCCUUCCCUGCCAGUCGAUCACUGCCUACAGCGAUCAAAUAGAGAUCACAGUAUUAUACUGUGAUCUAAUUUUUUUUAACCCCUGAGGAUUAACUUUUAUUCAUUUUUUUUAACCCUCAGGGGUUCAAUUUAUUUAAUUAAUUUUAAAUAUUUUAUAACUAUAUAUUUUGCUAGCUGGGGUGGGUGGGAGUUAUGGGAAAAUGGGGAAUUUACUGUUAGUGCUGCGUACUGCUAGUUAGGGGUUAACGGUAAAAAAAAAAGCUUAGAAAAAUGUUAAAUCUGUAAAAAAGUUUUAAGAAAGUUUAGGAAAGUUUAAAAAAAAUUUAUAAGCAAAACAAAAGUUUAAAAACUAGUUUUUAAAAGUAAAAAAGUUAUAAAAAGUAAAAAAAUACAUUUUAAAAACGCUCAUUACCACUACACCUGGAACAAACUAGAGAAAAAAUUAUCCCACGCCAAGGUUCAAAAUAUGCCUUUUGAAUUACCCCAGGGUGUAUUCUUUAAUAAAUAGUAUGUGUUUGUGGGGAAGUUUCAAUAACCAACCGUCUAAACUACUCCAAAUUGGAACAUGGACACAGCGUAAAACUUCAAAGUUAGAAAAAACUGAAUGGCUGCGUCUCAAAUGCGCCCCUUCAACAUCCACAUAUACCUGGCAAAGGUACAUACGGGGGUAUUGCUGUACUCAGCCGACAUAGCUGAGCAACAUAUGAAGUAUUAUACAGUCAUAGUACACAUAAGGUUUGCAAAAUAUGCUGCGCAAACUCACUUUGUAUGUCAAAAAGGCAGAAAAAUGCUUAUUACCACUACACUUGGUACAAGCUAGCGGAAAAAUGAUCCCACGCCAAGGUUCAAAAUAUGCCUUUUGAAAUACCCUGGGAUGUCUUCUUUAAGAAAUGGCAUGGCUUUAUGGGGAAUUUGGAUUAUAUAGCCUGGUAAAAUACUCUAAAAUGGGACAUAGGCACAGCAUAAAAAUUCAAAGUUUGAAAAAAAACUGGAAUGGCUGUGUCCCAAAUGUGCCCCUCCGAUGUCCACACAUACCUGGCAAAGGUACAUACGGGGGUAUUGCUGUACUCAGCCGACAUAGCUGAGCAACAUAUGAAGUAUUAUACAGUCGUAGCACACAUAAGGUUUGCAAAAUAUACUGUGCAAACUCACUUUGUAUGUCAAAAAGGCAGAAAAAACGCUUAUUACCACUACAUCUGGUACAAGCUAGCGGAAAAAUGAUCCCACGCUAAGGUUCAAACUAUACCUUUUGAAACACCCUGGGGUGUCUACUUUAAGAAAUGGUAGGCCUUUGUGGGGUAGUUUGAAUUUAAAACCUGCGAAGAUGCUUGGAAAUUGCACAUAGGCACAGCGUCAAAAUUCAAAGUUUGGUAAAAACGGAUAUGGCUUGGUCUCCUAUAUGGCACUGUAGCUUCACAAAAUAGUGACAAAGACAUUCAUUGGGGGUGUAUUUUUACUCAAAAGACUUAGCUGAGCAUAAUUUGGGAGGUUUGAACUUAGUGGCACAUAUGAAAUAUACAAAACGCCCAGCAAAAAUGCAAUCCGUAUGUAAAAAAUGCACAAAAUAUUUUUUUACCACAUACUUUGGCAUAUAUUGGUGAAAAAAUGGGGUAUGUUAAGGCACAAUAUGCACCUUAUGAGAUACCCUGGAGUGUCUACUUUUACAAAUGGUAGGCCUUUGUGGGGUUUUUUGAACAGUCAAACUGUUAUAAUACCCCAAAUGGAAGCUAAGGCUCAUUAAAUCCAUCUCUCAAAAUUCUACUGUGAAUACUGUAAAGGACAGGUCUCCUAUAUGGGACUGUAGCUUCACGAAAUAGUGACAAAGACAUUCAUAUGGGGUGUCAUUUUACUCAGAAGACUUAGCUGAGCAUAAUUUGGGGGGUUUGAACUUAGUGGCACAUAUGAAAUAUACAAAACGCCCAGCAAAAAUGCAAUCCGUAUGUAAAAAAUGCACAAAAUUAUUUUUUACCACAUACUUUGGCAUAUAUUGGUGAAAAAAUGGGGGCAUGUUAAGGCACAAUAUGCACCUUAUAAGAUACCCUGGAGUGUCUACUUUUACAAAUGGUAGGCCUUUGUGGGGGUUUUUGAACAGUCAAACUGUUAUAAUACCCCAAAUGGAAGCUAAGGCUCAUUAAAUUCAUCUCUCAAAAUUCUACUGUGAAUACUGAAAAGGACAGGUAUCCUGUAUGGCACUGUAACUUCACGAAAUAGUGCAAAAGACAUACAAUGGGGGUGUCAUUUUACUCAGCAGAUGUAACUGAACACAAAAUAAAACUUUGUACAGGAAUAGCACACACCAACUUUACAAAAUAUACACGAGAAUUUCUCUGUUAUAAGUUUGUGUGCCAAAAACCAAAAAGAACACAAUUUUACUCCAAUAUUUAGCAGAGGUUGGCGGUGAAAUGGCUACGUAGAAAGUGUCAAAACAACCUUAGGUAAAUAGCCCGUGAUGUCUACUUUAUAUAAAUAUAUACUUUUGUGUGGCAAUUUUGUUUUCUUUUAUGGCUAUUAAGCUUACAAGACAAACAUACCAAAUUCUAAAAUCGCUCCACAUUAAAAGUUUAUUUUACUCCUUGUGCUUUGUGACCUGUAACUACCAAAAAAAACUUAAAAUCCCAGACACAUUAUAUAUUCUGUAAAUCAGAACAAAUAAAUAAAUUUAUUUUUAAUUACUUUCCUUAACCUGCACUAAUUAUGCACACAUUAUUAUUGCAAAAACUGUAAAAAAAAACAAUAUUUUUCAUUUUUUUUGCAUUUUUCUGUAUUUUUUUUAUAAUAAGUAAGCAUUUAUAUAUAUAUAUAUAUAUAUAUGUUAUAUCAAAUUAAAGCCCUUUCUGUCCUUUAAAAAACAGUAUAUAAUAUGUGUCGGUGCAAUGAGAGAGAUGCAAAUUGCAGUUGAACGCAAACAGCAAGAAAAUGCAAAAAUUGCUUGUGUCAUUAAGCGUAAGUCAAGCUUCUGAAGCUGUGUCCUUAAGGGGUUAACACCACCCACACUUAAGCAUAAUAAAAUGCCUUGGCCCCUCAGGUAACUUUAUAAGAAAACCCACCAAAUAUAACUUAGCACAAUAUUUAAGCAAUUGCAAAACACUAAUAAGUCUCUUCAGGUAACGUGAUUCUUUACCAGACAAAGGCAGAACUUAAUAAAGGAAUAUUUAUUAUGAACAAAAAAUAGUCACAGUGCAUACAAAAAUAUAGAUGAAAAUCAAAAUUAUUUACACCCAACAACAGAUAAAAACGAAAGGGAUGAAAUAACAGACGUCCUAAUCACUCAGCUUCUCAAAGUAAAACUUCUGCUCCAGGGGGUCUCUGGUAAGAAAGAUGGUGACUCACUUAGAAUUAGAUUCUGGCCCCUCAAGCAAGGACAAUGCACACUUCAGUAUCAUCAAAGAUAUAUCCUGUGGAUUACCAUGCCUCGCCCAGAGAUGGAGUUAAGGCGUAUCUAUAGAGACAAUAAGUGACCACCCCUUUGUGUUCCAGACCAACAGCAAUCCAAAUGGAAACAUUUAGUUCUAUUUCCUCUUACGUACUUGCCACAGAAAUAAUAAUUGCAUCUACGAAUUUGUUAUUAUUUUUCCAUUCCUUAGAUAUGUCACACUCCUUACUUGUGACCCAAUAUAGCAGACAUCACAAUCCCUUCCCCUAUGGUUAUAAGUUAUGCCAAUCAUGUUUGGGUUUGUUUAGAAGAUGGCGCUUGUCACAUUCCAAAUAUAACAAAAAUUAGGCGUAAUUAUUAUUCUGUGGGUAAAUAUUAAUGUUUCUCUCAUUUGGAUAUGAUACUAGAUCACAAGGCUUGUUUUUUUCUUUUCUUGAAAGCUAAUGUUCAUUAACAUAUCAAAGAAAUCUUGGAGCUAGACUUCCAGGCCACUUAUGUGUAACUUCUCAAACGUUACAGAGCCUUUGAUUAAUCAAAGGAUCAAUCCAUAUGGUAAGCCAUCUAACCCAUUUCACAUUCCUAUGCCAUUUACAUUACCCCUUCUGUCAUUUGACCUCUGUGGAAUCCCAGCUUCAAAGAGGAAUUAAGGCUAUAAACUUUCUGACCUCAGGUCAUCUAUGCACUACACAAAUGACAUUAAAGGACACUAUUCAAUAGUGCAAUAAUGAAUUAUGCACCCUUGCCGUGACAUUUAUAUUUCUACCCUCAUCAUAAAAAGUAGGCAAAGAGUACGAAAGGCGCAAUCGAUGUUUGCUUCAAUUAUUUUUUCACAAAAAUAAGGGGAAGAGUAAACUAGUCAUUUGCAUUUCCACAAAAAUAUUCUCACCUUGUGUCAUUCUGUUACUUUAGAUAGCAACAUUAGAAAAAUGACCGCAAAUGUUUAACAAUAUCAGGCCAGUUUCAGUAAUAUAAUCAGAAUGGUAUUUCACUCACUUUGAGCUGCACAUUUACGAAAGGGCUGAUGGUGAAAGUUGUAUUGUUUAUGGUAGCAUAUAUGUGGUGUCACUUAUACUCUUACCACUGACAGAUACUUGAUGCUAUCGGUAUUGUUCAGGCUGUCGGUAUUGUUACCGCUGAAUUUGACAGAAAUUGUUAUUGAAAUGGCCAAGUGCAAAUUCUGUAAAUAGCCUAAGUUGUCUUCUUGCACAUGGUAUGUCGCAAAGGGGGUAAAGUGUAUAAUGCUGAAUAUUGGCCCUAGUAAGUCAGCGAAAAUUUGAAAAUUGAACUCUAUGUGUUUUUAAUUCGACCUUAGAAUGUCUAAAAAAUCUGGUAAAGGUCUACAUCAGGGUUUUGCAUUGGGUUUAACAUUCAGCAGAAGUAUAAAAAAGGUAUAGAAUCUCGAGUAAGCUUCACUCAUUAACGUUAAGAUAAAAAGGGAAUAAGAAAAAUAAUUCAUAGUCUUACGCUGUUUAUGUUUCUCAGAGUCCUUUCAUUUAGCAAGCUCAAUGAUACAUAUAUAUUUGAACACCUAUUAUAUAUUAUAAUUAUUAAAAAAAAAUUAUUUUAUUUAUUUUAGUAAUAAAAUCUCACAUAUAAAAAUUAGAAAUUCCAAAAAUUAUAUUGUAAAAGGAGCUGUCAAUUGAAUAUGGUAUUUUUUUUCCCUAUAAAAUGUCUCACUUACAAAGCUGUACCUUUUACAACAAGCCGGUUGUGCUGUGUGUACAACAACGUUCAACUUGACUCACAGUUAGUUUUACUAAGUUCUGUUUCUCCUGUGCCGCUUUUUGGGAUCACAGUUAGGAAACAAAAAUUGAAGGUAUGUUAUUUCCACUGCGUCUCUGUUGUGCUGUGUGUGGGGUUUUGCAUGCUUUUGGAAGCAUGAAAAAUGUUUACAAGUGUAAUGUAUGUGUACAUAUGUAUUGUAGGUUACGUUUGUCAUGGAACAAUUGUAAUGCUGUACAUAAAGGUGUUUAAUGACAACUUUUUUUAGACACAUAUAACAUGCAAUGUGCAAUUAUUCACACUUUAUGUGCAUACGAUUACACAGGAUGAUGGUUUCUAUCUUUGCACAUCUGUAUCUUACAAAUACAGGUACAAAAGUAAUUCAAUCAUCCUUUAAAUUUGUAAUAUUUUUCAUUCUUCUCUUGUAUCUCAUUGCCCUGGUAUAAUCAAAAGAUGCCAGUUAAAUGUAAUUUAUCAUACUUCUUAAAUGUGUGCCACACGUACUGCACAGACAGGGGCAGGUUUUGAUGCUUUACGCACAUGUGCAUGAAUGCAUUUACAAUUGUGUUGGAGAACUAAUAUGCAUGUUUACAUAGACUGUCUCCCUUUCAUCACUGACUUAUGUUUAUGUUGCAUUGAGAUAUAUGUUGACAAUAAAUAUUGCCUUUAUUAAUCUGUGUUUCUCUGCUUUCUGCCUCCUAGGGAAAUGGGAUUAAUAAUGCUCAGCCAAUAUCAAGGUCUCCAAGACUGACCAGGAAUGAAGAACCUGCUGCUCAGGCAGAAGCUAAUGUGAGCCCUGAUAUUCAUGGGCAAACUAAUGAAGCGACCAAAGCUGCCCAUCGAGCUGAUACUCCAGUUACCGAAAAUAAUACAAUGAACUUGUCAGCACCAUCGGAAGAUACAGAGCAUUAGGAAAUCUGUUAUCAUCCUGAAGAGAAUACACAGUUAUACACUGAAUUUUAAUGUUAUUCUAUUGAGAACCACAACUAAUUUAAAGCUGAACUGGUAGAAUGUUUAAGCCGUCAAUGUUUUGCUCUUCAGGCACCUGUGUUUUCUGUACUUUCUUCUAGCAGAGGCCUUGAAAUUCUGUGUUGUUAAGUAGGAGUAAUCUCAUACAGUUGCGAGCAGAAUAAGCCAUGUUCCUUACCAACUUGGCUUCCUUUAUUUGAUGUUCUGUGGAACUCACACAUUUCUUACUGAUCCAUAGAGUUGCCAGCUAAGAUCAUUCAAUCAGAUAUAUGGACUAAGUGUAAACACGUUUGGCUUCUCUACAUGUAGCUCAGUUUUGUACUAUUUCCAUAUAAUUAUGUUUCAGCGUUUGUUGCUAAAACAUUUCCAUGUUAGCUGGUAAAAAGCAGUUGUAAAGCAUUAAUACCAGCAGCCCGUACACCAUUACGGCUAAAAAAUACCAUGAUUUCCAUUUUCCUCACUGCAUUUACGCCUGCAAACUCCGCAUGUCCCUCACUGCUAGUGACCUCCUGUUAGCUAUUAAGCAAACUAGACAACAAGCAUGUAUUCUAAUAAAUUGCCAUAUUAACUCCUCUAUGACACUGGUUUGCUCAGUGUGCACUGUUCACUGUUUGAGCAAGCUGCCCUUUAGAAUUCAUUCUCUGAUGGCAAAUUCUAGUGAUUUCAAUAUUAAACUGCAAUUUGGAAAUAGCAGACUUACAGAUUUGCUAUUUUAGCUUAAUGUUUGCUAUUUUGUUUUUAGUUAAUUUGAAUUUGCUGUAUAUGUUAACUCUAAGUGAUUAAACCACUUAGAGUUAACAUAUACCUGACCAGCAACAUUUCAGUAAUGUAUGUGAAACUACACACACUGUGCUUGGAGAUAGGCUAUGGUUAUUCAAUGUACUUUAAUAUGAAAUGCAUGUUUUUUCUUUCCCUCUAGGGUGUGAUGGGAGUUUGCAGUCUUUUCCAAUUUAUACCAAGCUAAAGUGAGCUAGGUGACUUCAUCCUAGUUGAUAUUUUUACCGCCUAGCAUUGAAACAUGGUUUUACAUAAUCUCUCUCCUGAUAAUCUCUAUAGGAGGAGUUAAAGGUUACAACAGCUGCCAAUCCUCAGUCACUGACUAUUGAAUUUUGUAGAAAAAAGUCUUGACUCGAUAAUUUUAGCGACAGCCAUUUUAAAAAUUACUGGCUUCACAGUAACGGAUUGUGACAAGGGAAAAAAAAAGCUGCUGUAUUUGAUGCUCACUGCUUUAAAAUGUAGUUUAGGUCUUUGAAUCUAUCAGCCUUAAAACUGUAUCCUGUAUGGUAUGUUAUUGAAUACAGAAUGGUAAAUUGUGCAAAUUGGCAAAUGAAAGUUAAUAAUACUUCUCACAGGGUUAAGCCUUGUAAUAAGAACAGGGCCUGAUUUAUGCUAAAGCCGCUACUAUAAUUGCAACAUUCCCAUCCAACAUAAACUGUAAUGUGAUCAUACUGUUUAAUACUUUAAUCCCUUAAGGACACAUGACAUGUGUGACAUGUCAUGAUUCCCUUUUAUUCCAGAAGUUUGGUCCUUAAGGGGUUAAAGGGAUACCGUAUGCAUAAUAACCGUUACAGAACAUUAUAGUAGUUAUGCUGUUAGGACUUUAUGGGUGCAGUCACUAUGAUAUUUGGCAACUGUGGACAUGUGGUUUUUGUCACAUGUUGCAGGGUAGGCUAACUUUAGAACCUGCUUGUUGAGUAUCAUGGAAAAAAAAUAGUUUUCAUCUCACAGGACGUUUCUGCUAGCCUUACCAUGCAUCCUCCUUAAAAGAUAGACAUGACAUUUGGAGUAUUCAAAUUUCCUGGUAACUAAGCACCAAGUAGCAGUUAUUCAGCAUGGACGAAUAACCAGUCUGAAUUAUAUGUCAAUAUAGACUCCUAUUUCCAUAAUGUGCAUUUUUUUUGUAAAAUGCAAACAUAUGAAAUGAACCAUUUGGGAAAAGGAUUAUAGCUAUCAAAUGAAAGAUAUCCAACAAAUCUAUACAUUGAGCAACACUGCUGAAACAGAAAACACAAUUUCAUUGUACAUGAUGUGCCUUUUAGCGGCUCUGUCACUGUCUGCGGUUUUUGCAUAUUUCGCAAAGACCCUUGAUGGGGACUGCUUUGCUUGCUGCGGGAGAAGUUUAUUUUUACCUGAACCUGUCCCUCAUGGCAAAGAGUCCACGCAUGCGCGCGAGUUCAACAUUGAGAUCUAUGAAGGAUGUUGCCUGAGCCGCCACAGACAGUCUUUUUACCUACAGCUGUCAUUAGUGAUGGCUGGUGGAAAUAACUCACAGGGUUAUUCACUAAACUGGACUUGUUGGGAAUUCAAGGUGAAUAGCCAGUUCAGCUAUAUUUGCGUAAAGCAUUCUUCAAGUCAGUCGGGUUUUCAGUUUACCUAUUUCGACCUACAAUUUUAACUUUGAAUUUUCAGUGAAUUCCAGACAAUUCUCACUUUAGAGAAUUACCCCUACGAGAGUACAACAUUGAGGUCUAUGCAAUAUACCGCAAGAGCCUACACAGACAAAGCCCUUUUCCCUAUAGCGGUCAUUGGCUGGUUGAAAUGACAAAACUUGACAAAGGUAGCUCUGCCUUUUAUCAAGUUUUGUCAAGUGUAGGAAAUAUACUACGACAAAAUUGUCCUUGCUUUGUCUAUAUCUUUUGACUGUGUUGGAAUUUCUGUGAAAUGUCAACCCAGUCACUGUAUUUCAUAAAAAUGUUAUCGUUAUCUGAAAUACUCAUUUUGGAUUGGGGGCGUGAUUUUAAUCUCAGAUCAGGUGCUGCUCAAAGCUGAAAUUGUGGUCAUCCCAAUGGAUAGCGCAAUAGACAUUACCCAAGCAGCUCAACUUGGGUUAGCCUGAAUGUGCAAGCUUUUCCCUCUCCAGCCAUUUGCCUAAUCCACAAUUUACCAAGCACUUAUACCAAUGCAUGAUCUGAGUUCAAGCUGAAUCAUCCAAGUGAAUGAUGUCUUGCCACCUUAUUAAUCCUUGCCACAAAGUUGGGGAGCACAGAUUUUCAGAAUUAAAGGUAACAAUAGCCUGCACCCUCUGAACACAAAGGAAUCAGCAGAAUUUUGUCGACUGGAAAUGCACAUACAAUUUUGAAAUAAGCCAAUAGCAUAAUUUACCAAAACAUGAAUUAUGGGAAUUAAAAGUAAAUUGUAUAUUCGAAGCCUAACUAGCUGAUUAGGGAAAAAUAAUUCUCCAAAUAAACUGCAUUUUUAGUUUAGCUAGUAUGGCUAAAAAUGUUAAAUAUACUUUUAAUUCCCAGACAGUUCACGUUUUAGUAAAUAACACAGAGAGUAAUAAAUAUGAUAGCUUUAUUUUCUAACACAUUGCUUAUGAAUAAAACCACAAGCAAUUGUUUACAGUUAGGUUUUGUUUUGUAAGGAUUAUUAGAUUACAAUAGUUUAAUUUAUAAGUAUAUUGCUGCAGAUUUCUACCACCAUAGCCCCAUGUUCUAUAUGGGGAAUGAUGGUGUAUACUUGGUAAUGGUGUAUAUUUUGGAGGAUGUAUAUACAACGUGUAGUAAUACUAGAUGUUCUUUUAAUAGGGUGAUAGUCGUAUAGGGUUGAGUCUUUUCACGCAAGUUUUUUUAAUACACAUUUUUGUUUUUAAACUUACAGUGAAAAUAAUUUCGAAAAUAUUCUAGAUAUUUACAGCAAUAGUAAAUGUGUGGUUCACAAUGGCAAUGCCAAUGUUUGUGAACAACAUUUCCCAUGAUGCACAACCAGCCUUAGGUAGGCUGAACAUCACGGGAAGUUGACAAACAAAUGUUGAGCCAUUCCUGGCCUACGUUUGCUGUGAUUUGGGACCAAUGCGAGUAAUAUUAAUGUAAACCAUUGACUUAAACCUUAAGAGUAAAUUAGAGCCCAGAAUCAGAUGUAUGGAACUUGUGCCCAAGAAGUCAUAAAUAGACAGGUAGUUAACUCCUCACUACUGAUUCAUGCAUAAUCCACACAGGAAGAUAUUUCACAAAUACAAGUGCCGAUUUAUGAUAUUGGUUCAGUGUUUGUGACUGACUGAUUACACAUUCCCCAUACAUUAAAUGACACAUAUAUAUAUAUAUAUAAAUAUAUAGGCUUUUGAACUGAAUAAUGUAUUGCUGAUACAGCUAGUAGUUGUUGUUUUACUGGAUGUUAAGCUGCCUAGCCACGCUGUAACCAAGAGCUUAUUACACAUUACCACAAAGCACUAGAUUUAAAGGCUUCAACAGGAAGUACUAUGUAUCUUCUCUUUAUAGUCCAAUAGAUUAGUUAAAAAGUUAAUGUACGUUUAAAACCACAUAGAUGUUAAAAUGUUAAUUUAUGAUGUCUAUUGCACAGCUAUUUCAUCCACUGUGACAUGCCAUGAAAUAAUAUAAACCUUAACAGCUUACAUGGACUUGUUGGGAAUUCAAAGUAAAUUUCCAGUUCAACUUUGGACGAAAACAUUCUUCAAGUAAGUUGUGUUUUCAGUUUGCCUAUUUCGACCUACAAUUUUUACUUUAUUUCACUUUGAAUUUACUGUGCUUUCCAAAACAGAUCUCACUAUAGAGAAUGCAUGUACAGUGAUUCUUAAAGUGACUUUUAAAAUAGGCCAUAUCAUUAAGAAGCCCGCAGGGAAAAUGUGAGAAGGUAUGGGGGUGGGUCAAAGGUCAGCAGAUUUGAUUUCUUCAUAGUACUAAAUGUAUAGUCCUAAAUGUGUCUAAAGGUUUUCUAUACCAUUGGAAUCCCAUUUGCUUUUAAAUGGAUGGAGGUACUCAUUCGGCAGACCUGCAAUGCAUCAUGGGAUACACCUGCAAAACCUAAUCAUAAAAAUGCAAUAUACUUUGAUUUUGACAUUGGUUAGUAUGUGACGAUUAUAUUGUUCUUUCUACCCAGGGCAGACAUGAAUUGAUUUGUUUUAAAAGAUUUUUAUGUAGAAUUAUAUGCCAAAGCCAUUUGGUGCACACUGGAAGUGCUUUGUAUAGAGCUUAUUCACCUUGUGUAGUGUAUUGCAAACAAAUUGCAAUAUUUAGGCAAACAUUAACUACUUCAGCUCUACUCAAAGCUACUCUAUUUUACUCAAACUUUUUCAAUUACAUUUUCAGUUCGAUACAGUUAGAGUUUUAGGACAGUAAUGUCAAACUCUGGCCCAACAGAUGUUCAUGGCCUACCACCAGAAUUCUUUGAAUGCAUUAAAUGGCAAUUAUGGGAGUUUUAGUUCAGCAACAUAUGGGGACUAACGUUUUAGAUGCUUAGUUUAGUGAAUAAAUUAAAGGUUUGGACUACAGCUGGUGAAGGCAUUUAUGAAGGAAAACAUAUAUAAGACAUUGUAUGUGGUCAGAUUGUGAAUUAUAACUUGAGAAAAAGGAAGAAGCAUGCAACGAAACAUUAAAAACUUGCCUCUAAGAAAAUGCCUGGCAACUAUAAAAAACAAAACAUUAGUCAAACACCUCACAGUCCUAUUUUCUUUAAGGAAUUUUCCUUUAACAGAAUGGACUGCCAGUGGAGAUUUACCUACUGUGCAGUAUUAAGCCAAAACAAAUUUACUGUGCUUAAAGGGAUUCAAAGCCGUUUUCCUGGCACUAUAGGUUUCUAAGAUGUGAUGUCUGCCAUGGCUGGGUUGUCAUUUUAUGGUCUUCCAGAAACCCAAAAAUACAUUGCUCUCAAGUAUAUUUUAUUGUCUAUCUUUCAAUAGACAAUAAAAUUGGGUCAUGUCAUUAAGAUCAUACUUAAAGAUUUAGGUAACUAAUUUUCAGCUUAUUCUGAAAAAAAAAAAAACAAUAGAUAAUGUUUAUUCAUAAAGCAUUUAAUUUUAUUAUUUUUUUUGGAAGGUGGAAAAAAUACAAACAAUUAGUUAGAAUGUCUGUUCACACGCAGUGAGACCUGAGAUUGUUUAUAGAUUGUCACAGAAUGUACAUUAAAAGAUAAUUAGUGGAAUGGCAAAUUUAAACAAAUAUUAUCCAUGUUGAAUCCUAUCACUUUUGUUUGUUAAGAAAUAUGGUUCUGUUAUGUUAUUUUAUGCAAGAUAUUUACAGUAUCUCAUAAUGUAAAGAUCUAAUGACUUGAACAGGGAAAUUUAGCUCAAAAUAGAAUACUUGACAUGUAACCUUCUUCAUUAUGCAUCAAACAGAGCCUUUAACAAUGUCCAAUUUGCAUUGUAAAAAUGGUUACAAUGAAAACCUCAGAGAUUGAGUAAUGAGAUUAUAAUUAAUAGAAUUUGUUUGAAUAGACAUGCCUCAUGCCCUGGUUAAAGUUCUAUUUAAAUAUUGGUUUCACCUACAGAAAAAGAUCAGAUUCGCAGAAGUUCAAACUUACUAUAGUCAUAAGUCAUAUGACUGUAUUUGUUCUGUUGUUGCUCUCUCUUGCAUAGUGUAUGGAGGCUGCCAUUUUUAUUUUCAUUUGUUACGUUUUCUGGUCAGUGGCCAUGUAUUGAUUGUCUAGCUGUGGACUAGUUGGCAAAGCUGAAGCAAACAUUGAUUUAAUAUGUCAGUUAUUACCUCUUCAUGUCUUUGCAACUCUUUGCCAGCUUUCUUAGAAACAUAAGAUAUCUUACAAGGUUAUUCAUUAAGGUAAGAAUAAAAGGUGAAUUUCAAAUUUAAGGCCAAACUGGAAGCAAAAUUAGAACAGAAGUAGUGUAAAUGGGCAGUGAGAUCCAUCCACUCCAAGUAAUGAUAUAUUAAAUAACAGGAAAAUUCCAAAAGUCCUGUAUAAUAAGUGAGGUUAAAUUCUGGUGCAGGACCUUUCCCAAACAUAGACAAUACUUCAUAGACUAAAGUUACGGUCAGCACUCAGUGAUAAACCCCUGUAAUCCAUAGAAAAAAAAUAGAAUUAUAUGCAAAUAAAUGAGGAAAUGAAUAUGUUGCAAAAAAUCAUUUAUUGAUAAUUAGUACAAAAAAAACAAAAUAUGGCAGAAAAUGUAACAUUGCAGUCCUCAUACAUGAUGAAAAUCAAGGGAGGCAUAGUAUUCUGCAAACAGCAUGCAAUUAAUUGAAAUAUCAAUCAUACUCCAAGUAUCCAGGCAAAAAUGAAACAGAUUUGCAAAAAAUAGAAAUAUUGGAUAAGAUGAAAGUGUCGAAAUGAUAGCAAUAGCUGCUGCUGCCAGAUGAGAGAGACCACCCACACCGCUACCUAACAAAAGAGAUGAGGUGAAUGUGUUUCAAUCUCCCUUUCUCAACAUGUUAACAUACUCAACGUUUUGCCUGGAUUCUUGGAGUAUGAUUAAUAUUUCAAUUCAUUGCAUGCGGUUUGCAGAAUACCAUGCCUGCCUUGAUGUUGGACUGCCAUAUUUAUUUUUUUUGCACUAAUUAUCAAUAAAUGUGAAUUUUUGCAACAUAUUCAUUCCCUCAUUUAUUCUCAUAGCAAACUGGAAGUAUACCUGACACUCAGACUGUUUCCAGCUAUUUUUUACCUUGAAUUUGAAAUUUACUUUAAAUUCGUUUUGAAUUCUCACUUAAGUGAAUAACCCUGUAAGAGGGAUAAAAGGCAGAAUGUGCAGGUUCUAUACUUAUUACAUAGAUGUCUUAACAUACAUAAGUGGGCAUUCUAUUUAAGAUUGGUCCGUAUCAAGGCUCUGGAUGCAAAGGAAAAUAAUAUACAUGGUCUAUUUUCCAUUUUGGGGUUUCUCUUUUAAAUGCAAAAUGUGUGCACUGUAUUUUCACAUUGUGAGCUGAAGAUUUAAUAGUUGACAGCAACAAUUGCUCAUUGUUUUACAUUGGAUAUUGCAAGGACCUGAACACAGCUCUGUUCUUGGUACAUAUUUAUUAUGUUUGCACUGGGAGCACAAGAAAAACUUUAUUCUGUAAGUGCCUGUAAAAAUGUUCACAGUAUGGAACUCCUGAAUGUGCAAAUAAAGCAGUUCUAUUUGGUUAUAUGGCAA